UUCAGAGGAGCUAAAAAUUAGAGUAAGGGUACACAUUUUCACUAUUUUGCUUAAUCAUUGCAAAAAAUAAAAAAAUAAUAUAAAAUAAAUAAAAAAACUUGAAAUUCACGCGUCCAAACAAGUAAGUUGAUCAUUUUCACAGACUUUGACAUAAUCGAGUGUUUCCGCUCCCUCAUGCACACCUUCCUCUCCGUCCCCUUUAAACGGGGAGGUGCUCCGGUGCUCACCCCCAGCCCGGGGCUCCUUGCUGCGCUGCGGGAGGGGGAGAGAGGGAGAGCGGGCUGACUGUGAGCGGACGCGUCGGAAACCUCCCCGGAGGGGCCCCGUGUAAUUCGAUGCAUGCUGUUAAAGCUUAGAGUAUAUUGUCUUCCCUUUUGCUUAUGAAGCCUCCACCCACCGGCCCACCCUACAUUUAGCGGAUCAUGUGACUCGGGGUAAGUCAUUUGCAAGUACAACAGUUCUCUGUGCGCUCCCAUUCAUUUCCUGAGAACUGCCUGAGCCGAGCAGCUGAGAGGCAGAAGGGGAGGGAGCAGUCACAUACACUCACACACACAUACACAAACACACACACACAUACAUACAGGCAGAGUGAGAGGAGAGGGAGAGGAGGAGAGGAGACAGAGAGGAAAACAGUCUCCUUGUCUCCACGGCUCUGCAGCUUCUGACAAGGUCUGUGCUUUUAUUUUUUGUUAGUGUGAGUGAGUGAGUGAGUGUGUGUGUGUGUGUCCGUCCUGUUCCUGUGCUGGCUCGCCGCUGUGUGCUUCAUUUGUCACGUUGCUGGGGCUUUGUGCUUGCUUUCAGUGCGUCUCGUUCAGCUGUCAUUUCUCUGUCAGGGCAGAUGACAGCUCUGAUCACCUAUGGCAUUGUGUUUGGUGUCUUGUCACUGUGUGUGUGAGUGGGAAACAAGAGACCCUGCAUGGUGCUGGCUGGACAUAAGACACCUUUUCCCCUAGUGUAGAUUCAUAAGCUGUCAUAAAAAGUGAUUGUCUAGUGAAUGAGCAGCAGCAUCUUCACUUUACAACUCUGAAAUCUUUAAUGUGUCACUUGAAAACUUCCAAACCCGUAACUUUUUCAGAAUUUGUCUGUGUUUGUGAGGGAUAAAAGAGUGUGAAGUGAGACUGCUGCAAACUCUCUCUUGCUGGAAAAAGUUUGCAGCUUGUCAGAGUUUUGUGCAUGCCUUAAGAGAGUUGAGUGUGUGUGUGUGUGGGUGUGCAUUUGUGUGAAGAAUUGUGUGUGUGUGAGAGACGAGCUUGUUUGCCUACUGUAGCAGCUCAGAGAGGCUGUUAGCAACGGGUUAAACAUUAGGAGGCUCGGGUAGCGGAGGAAGGACACUAGGGGGGAGGUGUGUGUGUGUUUGUGUGUGUGUGUGUGUGUGUGUAUGUGUGUGGGAGUGUUGCAGGGGUGGUGUCUUGGAUGUCAUCGGCAGCGCUCUCACUUGCAGGGUAAUAGUCAUUGGUAUUGAUGGGUGGCUGUCAGAGAGGCAGAGAGCCACCAGGUUGGGGAGAGUGGCCGGGGGCUGGCCCUUGGCUGUUAUUUUCAAUUACAGGGGACCCGGGCAGAGCUGACAGCAAAGGCAUUUGUACAUCCAGCAAAGAGGGGGAGGAGGAGGAGGAGGAGGGAGUGUUGGCGAGGAGGAGGAGGAGGAGAGGGAGGAGGGUGGAGAACGGGAGGGGGGAGAUGAGACUCUGGCCUCUGCUCCUGGGUUUGAUGUGGAAACUGAGCACUGACCUCUGUGACUUUACCCCCGCGUAGUUGAGGGGCCCUGCCCUGCCUGUAAAUGUGUGGCGGCUGUAGGGUGUGUUUAUGUAUGUGUGUUUUUAAGUGGGGGUCUCAUCUCAAAAAAAAAAAAGAGUAACCAUAAAGAAGUAGAAAGGAGGGGCUGGGCUAUGUGUGAGGAGGAGACCCCCUGCUGCUCUCGGAUGUUCAGCGGGUAAGAUUAGCGGCCGUUUAAACUCUCGCUUAAAUCCAUUUAUAAAGGCGCCGUCUGCAUGAAUUAGCCGGCUGAUAUUACCUCACAUUGAGACGGAACUCUGCAGCUUCACUUUUUAUGAACAGAAAAGAAGAACUGUGUCAGAGUUCUGAAAUUUACACCUUGCAAAUAUCUGCUGGUGUGCUGUCCAAAUAGGUGAAAUGUUUUAUUUGCAGAGGGUGAAAUAAUCUGUUUCCUUUUGGGUAUUUUUGCAACAAUGAAAUAGUUAUUUUGCUGCAAAGCUCAACUUACCGGUGACCAAACACAGUUCUCAGUUCAGCCAUGAUCUAACAGCAGUCUUUGGUGUUAGAAAUAAAACCUUACAGAAGUGCUUAAAACUGCAGUUCUUCGAGUGACCACCUGGCUUCAAGGAAACUCCAUUUGCUGCUGUAUUGACAUUCCCAUUAUCCUGCAGAAACAAGAAUUUUUCAGUGGAGUGGGACGGAGGGGGGACCAAUCAUUUGAUUUCAAAGAAUUGAAAUAUUGAGGCUGCAAAUUUUGCACAGUUGGGCUCAGUUUGGGGCUUGGCUGAUUUGACUGACAGGCUGGCACCUUUUAGCUGUUGGCCAGGGGACUACAGGUCUACCUUAAACUCAGCCUCUUAGCCUCAUGGUCAGCAUUUCCAGUAUGGUAACCACUGUUUGACAGCUCCAAAGAAAAAGUAAUGGGUGACACCACUGAGACUACAUUUAUGUUUUAUAAAGUAGUGGAACAUACUGAUGAGUGUUAACUUUUCCGUUGAAACCAUGUCAAAAGAACUCUACAGACAUAAAAUACAGUCUUAAUGUGACAACUAUGACUAAGCUGUGAAACUUAUAUUUCACCUUUUUAUAGUUACGAGCUACAUUUGCACCCAAAACCUAAUAACCUGAACUAUACAAACAGCCAGAAUUAAAGUCGAGUGAUGGCGCAUUCAACUUCAUUUGUAUAAUUCAAAUUAAAUACACAGAGAAAAUACAGCUAGAAAAAAUCCUAAAAAAUAGAAAAAUCAUUGAAUGCAACAGACAGUGUUAAAGUUUUUGCAGAUGUUUUGAAUGUAAUCCCCGCCAUUAGUCUACACACCAGAACUACCUCUCAGUUCAGCAAAUCAUUACUAGUUUUAUUAUUGUAGGCGUAAAGUGCUGGUCAAAUGUUGAGUCUAGGCCGUAGUGCAGCCACCUGCCACCAAUCAGGACUGUAGCCUGUAUAAAUGGUCACCACUGUGAUACGAUGAUUCUCUACUACCUGGGUGUAAACAUGCACAGAUGACAGCUUGCAUGGUGGUAAUGAAAUUAGAUUUAUAUAAGUGGUAUCUAGGAGGACUAAGGGCUGGUGGUGCUAGCUCUGCUAAUGUUAGGCACACUCUGCAAGCCAAUCCGACUCUUUUUGUUUAGCUCUAGUGAAUAAAUUUGACUGAAUUUCCAGUGCUUUCUAUUCUAUAUGGCUGUUGGUUCACUAGAUUAAAAAGAGAAACAAUAAAUCACAAAUUAGCCACUUCUAAACAUCUGUAAUUUUGAAUUCUUUCCAGCUGCUUUCUUCCUACAACAUUUGCAACACAGAUUUGACAAUUAAUUUCUGUCUCUCCUCACAACCAACCAGGUGCUAAAAAUUGUUACAUUUUUUUUUUCAAUCCUCUUCUUUUACCAUAAAUGACUAUAUUUUGUCUAUGUGCAUAAAUCAGGAAAAGUUAGAAUAACUCGUAUAUUCCUCCAAAGGACAAAAACGUAAUCAAGUGUUAUAUGAUGUGGUACAUCUGCGUUUGUUUUCCUCCACAAAUGCCUCAAGCUGCCAUAGUCACUGUCUUCCUUCGAUGGCUCAACAAACCUCUACCCCAGACACGGUCCAGGGACUUAUGAUAAAGAUCAGUGCAGGUGGGGGGACUCAAUUAAAAACCCAAUCAUCAACCGAUAGACUCUAUCUGUCCAUCAACAGCACUCUGCCCGGCGCAUUUAAUUGCAUGGCAGGAUUCCCCACUAAAGGCAUCAUCUGUCUGCCACAGAUCACAACACACAAAUUGGUCGUGUGUUGACAGAUGGAAUCUUUCAGGAAGAGGUGGCUGUGCGGUCUGACGACAUGAACGCUCACUGUCUUAUACAAGGAGAUGUGAAAUUCCCUGUAUUACCCCUAAUCAGCUGGGUUAACUGCUGCCAUAUUGACAGACUGCUGUACCAUUGAUCUAGGUGGGUGUUAUGGAGUGUAUCGUCAUUGAUUGCGGAUAGACUGCAGUGCACUGUGAGGUUGGAUUCAUUUGGGUCCCUGAGCUGUCAGCCAAGGCCAGAGAGCAGAUUAUAGAGGUUUGGUAUGCUCAAGGUGCAUUGUGGGAUAUUGUGUGGCCUCUCUACUUAGGGGUUGCAGAGACAGAUUUUCAGCCACUAGAAACUGCCAAUACACAAAAAACCUAAAAGACAAUUACAAUGACAUAUUCACUGACAAGCACUUACACUAAAGUAGUACGUCAAGGGCACACAUCUGCAUUAUGUCAGUCCCACUGCACCCAAAUAGAUGGGUGACUUGAUGUAUUGAUGUACAGAACAAAAAGAUACGCGUAUGCAGACAGUUGUUCAGAACUUCCCAAGUGUGAAAUAAGAUUUUGGUUGUGUCAAUUAUCAUUUAUUUUCUACUUUCCUCUCAUUAAAUAGGAAAUCCAACACUGAGAAAUAUAAAGCGAUCACAAUGGCGAAUAAAAGGUCAUUUUACUUGCGGAGCUGGUCACACAUUGGCUGCUUUAUUUACGCUAUCUUUACACUGAUAUACUUUAAUCACCAGCUGUACACCACCUUUAAUUUUGCAUUACGAUAUAUUUAAAGUCUUCUACUCGGGGUACAUUAAUUUUACAUUUUAAUUUUUGGCAUCUAUGUGUCCUUGAAACCAACUACAUUAGAUUUUUUCUCUUUCUAUAUACUCCACUUUAUCGGACUAUCUUGUCCAAGCAGAUGGCAGUAUCAGUGAGUCUGGUUCUGCUUGAGGUUUCUGCCUCUUUAAACAAAGUGCAUCCAUGGACAAAUAUUUGGUUUCUCGUAGUUUUAUUAGAAAGUAUUGGAUAAGGUGUCAUUGCAACAAAUACUUGUAGCCAGGACCAUAUUCACAAAAAAACUUAUUAAGAAUAAAUAAAGCACUAGAGUUAUGUACAGCUCUGGAGGUGCAAGGAGAGCAAUGGGGGGCACAUUGCGUUCAUUACUACUGCAUCAGUGUCAAACAACAGUCAAAGUAAGGCAACUAAAGCCUCCUUAAUUCCAGUCAGGGAUGAAUCUUGAUCAGGACAUCAGUUUGAGCAACUGUGAGAAACUUUCUCUUUGUUUUCUCAAACUGAGUCGCUCAUAAUCCGUGGUGAAAAAUCUCAUCCCACCCCCUUUUGAAACACCUAACGUACUUAAUGAAGAACUGUGCAGGAUCUACCCAGUAAACAAAGGCUCUCGCUGCAGCAGGCUGUACAUUGUUUUGACAGACAGUGAAUAUAAUGUUAUAGAAAUGGUCUAUUCUCUGUACGAUGGUCCUCUGCCUGAACAGGCCAUAUAGAGAUAUCAGUACUAAUUUCACACUGUUUUUUUGUUUUUCUUGUGCUAUAAGUUUUUUGCUUCAAGCCGCUGCACAUUUGUUCUAUUUAACGCAUUCAUAGAGGAUCUGAUGUUGUGGUCACAAUGGUUUACUUGAUAAUAAAGUCUGUAGCUAUAAAUUGAGACUUGUCAGGAAAGUUAAAUUUAUAGUUAAAGUUAAACAUCGUUAAACAUCCGUACAUCCUGUUGCUAAUUAGGUGAUGCUAACUUGAUUUCUUGUGAGACAGGGCUGUUGUAUGUUGAUGAUGGCUGCAAGCUGAACUCCCUGUGCUGUUAUUUCACCAUGUCAGAAGUUGACAAAAUGUUCUCUCCCUUUGCGAUUUCUCUUGUGGAUUCAGCCUUUGACCCCCAUGUCCAGCCCACGUUUGUUUACCAAAAAAUGAGUUAAGGGUGUACAUGGAGUGCUAGAGCAAGUGUGUUCAGCGACUGACAGAGAAAGAGAAAGAGAGAGAGGGUGGGGAGAGUGAGCACGGAAAGUAUUGUGCAACAGCAAAUGACGCUGAGGUUGAUAGUCUAAAUAGUGAAGUCAAACAAAAAGAAUGACAAUGCAACAUGGGAGAUUACAGAGCUGUAAAACGUCAAUUUGUAUAUCUGAAAUUUUUGCAACAGUUGGACAUAGUUGGAGCCUCUGUAAUCAAGUGUAACUCCUGAUAGAAAGAAAGCUUUCUUCAAACAAAACACAGACUUUGAGGAGGCAGAGUUUUAGUUCCCCGGCCAAAGCAUUGAUCCAGGUCUUUUCUCAUAAUGACACCAUCUUUACAGCAGCACACUCAGUACUUACUGGAAGUGACUCAUUUAGCAGCGCUUGCCCCCAGACUCUGAUUUAAGGUCGCUCGACAUGUUUCCAUGGCAAGGAUGGAAAGGUAUGUCGGUGGAAGGGCCUGUCUAUCUGUGGUGAUGUUUCCCCUAUCAACCUAGUGUGUAUUUAACUUUAGCCAAAUAUGGUCACUGAACAGGAGAAAAGAAGAAAAGGAAGGAAGCCAAGAAAAAGAGCAUGGAAGAGCGUUCAAAGUCAGCAUUUUCUAAGGGUUUUGGACCCUUUUUGAGGCAGUUCUACAGAAAGAGUUUCCCUUUAUAGAAACUUUGGGAAGCUGCAUCUGUAGCAUCAAUUCACUUAACUCACACAGAGAGUAUUUUCCUCUAACUUCCUGCUCAGAGUGGGAAUCUAAAAUGCUCUAUUAAUAACAAACUGUUGAGUCUUAGGUUUGGAAAUUGUACAAACAUAGGUGGUCUAACUUUUGUCAGAUUGACCGCUGUUGAGUAUUUGAACCAAAGAUAAAAUCUCCAGUAUUUAAGAACUCUUUGCCAACUUAACCACUGAAAACGGUGUUGGAUAGAAGUCAGUUGAAACUGGCAUUAGCUGUCGUAAAUAGUUUGAUGGUGGACCAAUAACCUGAUUUUGAAGAAAAUCAACAUAUUUGAUUGCCAAAUAGCAAAUGUUGGUUGACAGCUAACAUUCACCUCCAAUCACUUCCUCACUGACCUUGACAUUUGUUAUUAUUACAGAAGGAAAGGCAUCUGAAAGUUUGAAGAUGCUGGACAGAUGCACGAUGCAGAAUUCCCUUUUGGAGACUUGGAGCAAUUUCAGGGAAUUCAUCCUCACAAUCCAGAAUGGCUUCACCAUACAUUACAAGCAAAAUCAGUCAAUCACAUGAAUAGUAUUGUACACGUUCUAUCAUGAUAUGUUGCUCUCGUCUGCAAACCACCACAUUAAGUGUUAGUAUUACUUGGUAUCGGCUUACAGUGCUGACAACAACUGCUUUAUAAUUUUAGGAGUUAAUUCAACUUUGGUCCAACGUCAUUCCCUAAUGGACGCUGGAUUUCAGACGUAAAUGAUUUUACAAAAACAACAUAUGAUAGCUUAGUAGCUUGUGCUUAGCAAUAACUAACAUUGCGCCACUUCCUAGCUAACAUUACUGUUUAGCUGUGUUUCAUAAUCUCACAGCCUAACUAUUCUUUACCUAUUUGGAUGUAGAUAUACCGAAAAGAAGUCUGUAAAAAUAAAUGUAAAACUUGUCAGGGCAGCUAACCUGGAGUGUAGGUCUACAACAUUAUAGCUUUAUUUGAGCUGCUGUAAAUGUUUGAAUAUGCAGAUGGUCCCAGCAGACCUGUGUAAGGAUGCUGCACAGAUUACUGUGAACCUCAUUUCCAGUUGUGCUUUAGGUCAACUAUUAGGAGAGGAAAUUAUUCAAACAACAUGUGGAAUCCAUUUGGGGUGCUUGUGGCAUUCCACAGGCUUUUUUGGACUCAAGCAAAACCGAUUGUGGGUUCAUGCUAUGGACCAUAACUCCUCUCAAUUAGCUGCUUCAACCAGGUAUCAGCGCUGCACGGCAUGACAGCAAGAGUUGAAAAAGAGAGGAAAAACAAUCGAAGUGAAGGCGUGAGUAGAUGAGUAAUAGAGGUAAACACAGCUGCUGGCUUUUAUUGAGUGGCGUUGGAGAGCUGGAAUGGGUCAAACUGAGGGGAAAAACUCGUGAGCGAAAAUAACCGCACAAGCGCACAUUUGAUGUAACAAGUGUCAGUGUGUUGGAAUGUUUAGCUUGGUCCGUUAUAGUCUGUUUCCGUGUGCGGAGAGUUGAGGUGGGUUUGGUUGUGUCAGCAGAAAGGGAGGUUAGAUAGGGUAGGCUGCAUUGAGAGGACUCUGCAGGACUCUUAAGUGAAAUGCGUGUGUGUUUAUGUCUAUAUGUGUGUAUGUGUAGAGAGAGAGCUGUGUGUGCCACAAGAUAGAGAGUGAGAGGAAAAGGGCACCGAGAGACGAGGGAAUAAAAAACAAGUGUGUUAAAGUGUUUGGGCUGCUAUUAUUUCUGUGUGACUUGUUUACAGUAGAUACUGUAUGAGUCAGUGUAUCGGUGCCUUUUGCAUUGUACAGUUAUUGUAAAACAUCUAGGUCGAUCUUUCAGAGUGCAUUUGAGUGCACGUGUGCUGUGAUGCAUUCAGUUAGACAAGCUAUUGUGAGUAGUAUGUACACACUGCAUAUGUUGGGGGAAGGGGGAUCACUCACACACACAUUCAGACAUACAUGUUGUAACACAAGCACACACAUAGAAGAGCCCAGGGGGCUAAGAGGCAGUAGCAAAGAAUCCCCCAUUAGGGCAGGAGUGUUCUGUCAUCCCUUGGGGAGGGGAGGAAAGGAGAGAGAGUGUGUGGGUGGUAGUGAUGGUGGUGGUGGGUAGGAAGGAUGCAGGUUAUUGUGAGGAUGCUAAUGUAAUGCAUCCCACCUCUCUGUAAGGGCAAGAAAUGAGAGCAGGGUUUCACUCCGACCCUCUUCUGAAGAGCACAGGAAACAGCUUUAACCUUUACACGAAAUGAUGGCUCAUUCCCUCAUGGUAUAUUGCCAUGUAGUUUUUGUAAUAUAACAGGACUGUCCACAGUAUUUGCUUUUGCAGAAAUCAAAGCAUGUAUAAGAGAAAAACUGCAGGUUUUUGAGUCUUUUUAUUUAUGCUUUGCUCACCGUCCACCUAUGUCCGCUUGAGAUGAUUAUUUAGCAGUGUGGUCACCUCAACCUCGGACCCGUGCACCCAGAGUAAAUAAGAGAGGAGAAAAGAGUCACUGAGUGCAUUUCUUAUUGAUUUACUGGAGCUAACCUCUUUUUUCUAUCACCCUCCCUCACUCCAAGGCACACAUACAGUACAGUACAGCCCUACAGUGUGUAAACCUCAACACAGACAAGACCUUGAUCACAACACCAAAGAAAUAUUAGCACAGAAUCUUUCAUUCGGAGGUGUAGUUUAAAUGCUUUACAAUGAAAUGAAGACAGGAAAGGAAAACUUAAUUAUAGAGCUAUGCGUGAAAACCAAACAUUUAAUCUGCUAAAUUAACCACUCUUCAUAGUAUUGCAAUAUCAACAUGCAGUAUGCAGUAAACAAUAUUAAAAACACUGCCUGAAAAUUAAUGAUAAAAACUGAUUUUCAGAGCCAUUUUUGAUUUUCAGAAGAAAUGGGGAGAUAUCUAGGCUCUUACUAGCCAUUAGUGACCCUCAGAUUAAUAAAUGAUAAAUGAGGGAUUAUGCAGUAGAUGAUGUAUGUGUUAGUGCAGACCAUAGACUGUAUAAAACAUGGACAUAAACUCAGUGACAUCACCCAUAGCCUCCUUGCUAAAAGUCACUGUGUGUCCGCCUGCCAAUCAAUUCAGAUGUGCUUCUACUUAUGCAAAAUUUGCAAACCAACAAUCUCCAAAACUAAUGAUUACAGUGUGUGGUGAUAGAGAAAUGAGCUGUUGUGACUGAUUGUCUUUUGAACCUGGCUGUAAGUGUGUAUUUUUGCUCUAAAGAUGGGCGUUUUGAAUGGGUGUGUAUGUGGCUUCUCUGUUUUUUGGGGGCCAGCCUCAAGUGGACACUCAAGGAACUGCAGUUUUUGACACUACUGCUGCAUCAGAUUUAUUUUUCAAACCUGAAGUUUGCACCUUUGGGUGAAUGCAUUUUGGCUUUCCUUAUGCAGAAGCCAGCCUUGGUAAGCCAGUAAAUAUUUCAGAGUUUGCAAAGGUGAAGUUGAAUAAACUGGCAUAAUCACCAAUCUUUGUGCUUACCUUUUAGACAGCAUGACAUUAGCAUGAAACACCAAGCUCUGUUCCCACAGUAACAGCAGAGGCAGAAAUGUCUCAGGCAUCACUCAAGUCUUAACUCAGACUCACAAAGGGCUGCAAGUAUCAUGGCAUCCAUCCCCAAAUUUGGCUGUAAAGAUGUGUUGCCAUACAAUGUGGUUGAAAACAAUGGUUUCCAUGACAUGAUCCAAACUUUAGAGCAAGAAUACAACAAACUAAGCCACCCACACUUCUUAAAAAAUGAAUGCAUACCUGCAUUAUACAGUAGAUAGAAAGCUGUGCUGUCACUUUCCUAAGCUGAAAAAGUGGCUAUUAAGGGAAAACAAAGGGGUACAUGACUAUUACCUCUUAUCACAUUGAUCAGGGAUGGCAUAAGAAAAGCCCUGUUUUGCAAACCAGAGUUGUCGAUGAAGUCAAUACUGGUUAAAACAUUACUGGUACUGGUGAAUACUGGUCAAAAAGCUACUUAAUUGUGUGACAUGCACAAUACAACAUUGACGGGGCUGAAAACCUCAACCCAAAGUGCAUGCUCCAGUAUAUUUCACAAUCAUAAUGCAUAGUCUUGCUCCAAAUGGACCAUUGGCAUUAUUGUAUUGUAUUGCAGACCAUAUCAUAUUAUUGUUGAAAUGUUUUGUUAAACUCCUAUGCGGGACUGUGAAAAUACAUGACUGAUCUGAAAGCUUUAGCCAAUGGUCAGAAGGACAAAAAAAUACUCUGUUACCCCUCAAAGGACUAUUUGAUCAACAGCCAGAAGCAUGACAGCAACAAUGGCUGCAUGCUAAAAUAUGCUAAUUUAACACAUUAUAUAUCACAAUAAACCAAACAAAUGGUAUCGCAUAUUGCAGAAUUUUUCCCAUACCAUGCAGACCAACCAUAAACAUGCAAAAACGUUCCGUGAAGGUUGAGCCAAUUACACUACUGUCACGUUUAAAUCCUGGUUCGCUCUGCUUCACCUCCUCCCCCUCCUUUGGUACAAGUGAGGUUUUUGUGUCAGGGGCUAUUUUAGAUUCACAGCCACUGACCCUACUGCAUUUACUGAAGUGUGUGUGCUGGUGUGUGUGUGUGUGUGUGUGUGUGCGUGAAGGGUGUUCUUGAGAGGUCAGAUGAUUAUGUUGUAGCAAGAAAACCUUACAGUCUGUUUGGAGCUCCAGGCGUUGUUUUGAGGCGUCUGUUUGUGGCUCCUUCAGCGCAGCCCUCGCACUGAAUAUUUAACUUAUUCUUUCUCACGAUUACAUCAAAAUGAUCUUCAAUUGGACAUAAACUGUCUCAAACGGUGUCGCAAAUUGCUUUGACUUGUAAGCCGACGCUCACUUGAGUAAUGCCACCUCACUUUAGCGCUGUCACGGUCACAGCUUGUUUAGCUGUUUCUCUGCUGCAUUUGAGGCACAUGAUGCAAGAGGAUGUCAGACUCCUCUGUUUACCUCUCAGUGGAAGUGUGUGCAUGUGUGUUUGUGUGUUUUUCGGCGAGUGUGUGCGUGCAUACUGUAGGUGUGUGUGGGUGGUUGUUAGUGUUGAAUGGGCAUCUUUAUUCUUCUUUCAUGGAGCAGAGCUGCAAUAUUCAGACACAGAGUUGAGUGUGAGUGUGUGUGUGUUUUUUAAUCUAAGAUAGACGUACAUGGUUCAUUGUGGGUGCAGACAGAGGUCACAAGGUUUGUGUGUGUGGUAGCCAGAUUGUAGAACACAGCAGGGGCUCAGGAAGUCAGCUUUUAUAAGUAGUGCGUCUGACACACAGACUGAGACGCAGGCAAACCAGACAGCCACCGACUCUUCUUUUUCGUUUUGAGUGUUUCCUCUCAGAAUAAGUAGCUUCUUCUUUUCCCACAGUUUCACAAGACCUGCCCUAGAAGAGAAGAGAGGCUGGUGUUGUUUGAGCUUUUGCAAAGACAAAAUAGUCACCUAAAGAACAAAUACUAUUUCCAUUCUUCUUUUUUUUUUUAAUGAAUAUGAUACUCCACAUUGGCAUAUGAAGUAUCGUGCAAAAUGUUAAGAGUUAAUGCCAACUUUGCGAGAAUUUAGAGAAACAUCAGGAAGUUAUCUGGUUGUUAUGGUUUUAUGACAGACAGAUUUAGCCGACAAGUGCCCGGAUUUGUGACAAAUCCUGGGUUGAAUUUGUGUUUUUUUUUUGGCAAACUAUUUCUAAUUAAAUACGAAUUAUAUUUUCAGUCUUGCUGCUACAUGUCUGUCUACAUUUUGAGCACUGUCUAUUAGAAGAAAUAGCAUUUGUUUGCCUGUGCAAACAUUCAGUACUGAUUCAGCAGUGGAGUUCCCUAAUUUUGAAAAUCAUAAUGAUGCUUUUUUUAUGGUAUACAAAAACAAACAAGAACAUUACUGACAAGACUGAUGAUUUUUAUUUUGUAAUUUUUAAUGCCUAAAACUGGUGCGAGGGGGUAAGUGUCAGCCGAGCAGCUGAAGAAACAGCCCUAAUUUAAUAUUUUCCACACAAUAAUGACACACUUUACCAUCAAAAAUCAGGAGGUUAGAUUUUUUUUUUUUGCAAGAUAACACUACUUUAGCAUGUAAAGAACAAGAAAAGGAAAGACUGCUCUGUCCACAGGGGGCGCCAAAGUUGACACAAACCAAAAGUCCCUCACAGGAGCUUUAAUAUAUGUAUGAAUCAAAUCAAGAUACCCAUUUGUCAUCACCCCAUUAACAAAUAUUCUUUUCCUAGUCUGAAAACGAAGACAGAAACUCAACAAAAAUAAACAAAAUAGAAACACAGAUGAGCAAAAACAGCACUUUCACAUUAGUAGUGUUUCCUUAAUAAUAUGAGUAAUAAUUUAUGUGUGUGUGCUUGCGAAGGCAGUGGACUUGAGCUGUAUCCGGCGACCUCAUCCCCCCUCAUCCCGACAGGAUUACUGACACAGGAUCCCCCUGCCCCUGGCAGAAAUAGCAGAGACCCAAGGGCAAUCCAGCAGAAUAUGGGAACUUCCGUGGGCCUUGCUGUGGUGUCCUAAUGUGUUGUUGUUUGUGAGCGUGUAUGUUGUGAGUAUUGACAAGGGUGUCUUCUUCCUAUAAAUAGAGCUUGUUUCCUCUAAAUGGAGAGUAAAGUCCUCAGUGAUAAGUCUAGAUGUAGAGUGAAUUUACUGCAUAUUUCCUGUAAAUAAAAGAAACAGUUAUUUGCACAGAAACUUGACCAGGAAGGGGUCACUGUGCAGGGGAAAAAUGUGCUCUUCAUUGUAGCAAAGUCUGUUUCCACUUUCUAUUUAUGAUUUCAAAACUUGUAUUUUGCUAUAAGGGCUGGAGCACUCACACUGUAUAAGAAUAGGUCUGCUAUCGAGAAAGAUAACAACAACGUGUCAGACUUCUAAACUGGGUCAAACCUUUUUUUGAGGUUUUCUGAAUCAGGGUUACUCCACCAUUGAGCUUGAGUCAAUUCUGACAUAAAGAUCAAUACUCACCUCUUGCUUUCACAAUUCAGCCUCCCUCCGGUGUCCAUCCUAGAGCUUUCUUGGACAAUUCCCCUUUCAGUUUGGCUUUUAUAAAUGCUUAUUUUUUCCCCAUAUGUGGCAUUUUUCACUGAGCAUUUUGUCAAUAAGAUCCUCCCUCAGCCGUUUCUGCCAGCUUCGAGAGCGGCUAUAGAAGCAUUUCAAUGAAGUGAUGAACCGCAGAGAAUUUUGCUGCUGGUGACAGGCUCCUCAAGUGAAAUUACACUUUAUUAUGUGUUUAUCGAGCCGCCAACUUUGUGACGUCAAGAAACAGAGCCAUUAGAUGGUUUUUGAAUUGCUGGCUAUAUGUGUGAGGGUGGUCGUUCAUGAAUGCCACGCCGAGUGAAGAGUGACUGAAGCCUGGAUCCUAUCAGACAGACAGACAGAUAGGGGAUGACAUUCAGUUUAAAUUGAUGUGACCUGAUAAGCUCUCCGUGUUCAGCUGUACGUCCCAGAGAUGAAAAACAUCCAACGCAUAAGAAGUGUGUUCUGUCUAAUAAUAGUCGUGUUCAUGAAGAAAGCUGUUUUUCUCUCUGUGGAACUGAUUUAUUCCCAGUGGAAAUGGCUAGGGUGUUUUGAGGUAAAGUGCAUCAGUUGAGUGCAUCUCUAAGGGGUUUUAACCCUUAAGGGAACUUUUUUUUUUCUCCCUUUUUUUAUCAAAGGGAUGGAAUUUAUUCUGUGGUUUGAUGCCAUUGUGUUGUCGGGGGUUAGAAAGUCUGUAGCAGCACUUUUGCUCUCUUGAGCCCCGUUCAAAAAUGUCCCAGAAGCAUCCGAAAGACUUCACUGACUGCUCCCGCCAAAGAAAACACGGCUUAUGAAAUGGAAAUUCUGAGACCAUUCACAGAGUGCCAGGAAUGAUUGAAAAAGAGUAUGUCCAUCUUGGUACAUCCAGUAGUGAAGUAUGAGGGGGAGCAUGUUUCCCCACAAAUUACAAGCAGCAUCUGCAUUGUUUACCUGUUUUUUCUGGGUCAGAAAGGUUAUCUAAAGGGGAAUUCCACUGUUCUUAUUCAUAAAGGUCAAGUGACUCAUCCUAGGUUCACUACUCAACCUGUGAGAACGUGCUUUAAAGUCGCACAGGUGGCUGAACGACAGUUCAAACAAUCAUUUCAUCAAAAGCUGGCGACACAUUUGAAGGAUUACGAAUUGGAGGAAAUAAUUUGAAAGAUGCAGACACUUCUCAGAUGUUCAACAUGAUGCAAUCCUAAAUUGCUGGAAUUCACAUCAAGAAAUUAUAAGGAAAUAUUUAGAGGAUCUUCUUUUCCAGAGAGAAAGACACACUUCUGUUGCUCUGUUUUGCACAUCCUCAGCAAUACGAUAUUUAUCACACCAUAUGGGUCACAUUUUGAUUUGCGUGAUGGCUUGCAAAUACUCUAUAUCAAUUACGAACAUUUAGAAAUCAAGAUGUGGAGCUUUAAAUGAGUAGCUCUCUCUUUUUUAACUUGGCCACCGCUGUUCUCGCUCUCUCAUAUUAAUAACAGCUUUAGAAGGCAGCCUACCAGCCAAACAGUGAUAUACUGAAAUGGGGGUCACAAUUUUAUGUAAGGGAUAGUCAAAUAAUCCUGAAAACAAACAUAGCAAUACUGUCUUGUGUUUCCUAGCUCUUUGCUUUGCUAACAUCACAGCCAGCUAAAACCAAACUCCACAGGAGGGUACAUCUCCAUUUAUUCACAGCCAAACAUAUGUCAGUCAGUUUUUAGUUUCAAAUUUAUAUGUAUUCAUAUGUCCCGGCUUUAUGAGGCACCGCUGACCUCUGUGGGCUGAGGGUUCAGGUCUGUUAGACCUUUGACCACACUGAGUGCCGAUAUUUGCCCGAGUGCUGUUUCUCUUGAAGUACUAACUGUGCAGGAAACUAAAUGAAUGGGCUCUCAAGAUGUGAAGCCAAGAAGAUGAGGUCAUGAGCAGACGGCUUAACACGAAGCAGACCGAGAUCGAAAAUCAGCUGUGAUUCAGCUGCAGCUGUAUUGUGUCUGCACUGUUUGCAAACAACAUCAUUAUACUGUAUAUUUCACCUUCAUUUCCUGCAGUUUAAAGAAGUCAUAGUGUCACUUUUUCUUCUGAGGCUUUUCUUUGUUACCUGUCUGAUGAGUCUGCAGUGAAAGCAGUCAGCUUUUUUUUUUUCAAGUUGCUGCUCUGCGUGACUGAACAGAGAGGAAGCGGAGGAGUGAGUUGGUGAGCGAGCAGUUGUAGGCUGGUUAUCAGGCCAAUGUGUCACUUCAGGGUGUCCAGGGGCACAGAAAAGGGAAGUGAGUCUCAGGCUAAAAGGCCAGCAGCACAAAGUAAAGGCAGGCACAGGAAACGCUGGUGUCAUGUCACUGAGAGCAGUGUCGUUUUUGUACCUACAUGCUUUCUGUGUUAAUCUUUUGUUUCUGAUUUGCAGCAUUUUUAACAGAUUUUCUUGCUCUCACGUCUUCUCUUUCUUUCUUUCCUCUCUUUGGUGGAGGACUGGGUGGGAGGGCAGGAGGGGGGGUCUGUUGGCAUUCUUGCACCGUGUGCUUUGCGCUCGACCGGGCCUUGGCUCAGCUCCAUAUCCCCUCUCUACCCUCUCUCUUGCUUCUCUGACUCCCGCCCCUUCCCCCCCUCCUCUUCCCCACCUCAACCUCUUCAACUCCCCUUGGUUGCUUCCCCAACUGCUGCUCCUGCCAGCAACUCUGCUCUACAACAAACCUGCUCCACCCGCCUUCACUAACUCACUUCUCUUGCUAUCACCUUCCCUUAACACCUCCUCAUGUAUCUCCCAUAUUUCAUUGCCUCCUCCUCCCUUCGCUUCCUUUCCCCCUCGCCCUCUCCCAGCCCGUGGCAGCAGGUCCAGCCUUUGUGUCACAGAUGCACCCAGUUGCUCUGGGCGCUCAACAUGGGAACGAAGCCUUGGCGGGGCCGUCUGUUGCCGUGUGUUUCAGGAUGUGUGGUGUUUGUGUGCAGAGGAGAGAAAAAGAAAGCGGGAGAAAGAAGUGUGAGCACUCACAGACACAUACUGUAUCUGAUUUUAUUGGUUUAUUUUAGCUUAACUUUCACUGUGGCACGACAUAAAUGGUGCGUACAGAGGUGUGAAUGAUGUCACCACCGCUCAGGGUCAAAAUUGGGUCCCAGAAGGUGGUUUCUUGAUAUCUUUGUAGGGCUCCAAAUUAAAGGUGUUGUCACUGUUACUUCAUAAAAAGAAUUAUGCACUGAGUCAUGCAUGCAUGCAAAAAAAAAAAUUUGUACGCAUUGAAGUUUGGUACGCUUACAUAAUGUAUGACCAAUGAAUGCAUGGGUCAUGCUUUCAAAACUAGCUGUGAGCAGCUUUUAGGGUUACAUCUGGGACUGAGCGAUUAUAUCAUCGUGAUUAAUGAUCGUGAUAAAUAUUAGUUUGAUCACAGUGAUCGGCUGUUAGCAUAUUUACUUGAUCAAACAUGGCGGAAAUGUGCUUCACAACAGCCAAUCAGAGUCGAGCUUUUCCUGCUCACUUCUGUAAGCUGCCGGAGAAGUAAACAGGGAAAGUAAACAGAAUGACCGAACGUGGAGCUAAACGCGGAGCUGAGGACAGCAAAAUAGAUGUCCACCAUGACUUUGAGUCAUCCCCCGAAGAUGCCAUAACCUUGGUUGUGUGGCGGUGGUUCUGGUUUCUCUAAAGUGACGUCGAGCAAUUAAGCCGAUGUGCAAGGUAUGUUGGCGGUCUGUGCCCUCAAAAACCAACAACACAACAAAUCUGCUGAUGGCACUAGUAGCAUUAGCAGUUUAGCCACAACUUUCAUGGUGCAGCCACCAAACCAAAGCAGCAAUCAAUCGUAUCAUCUACGUUUACAUCAUCUAAUGUUUACAUUUUAAGACGUCUUCAUUAUCCCCAAGGGGGCAAUUAUAGGUCUUGUAUAUCUGCAAUAAUACUCAGCACUGUAAAGUAGUUCACUGUAUUAUUUAUUUUUUAUCUACAUUUGUUGUAUUGUUGAGUAAAAAUGUUUUUUUUAGAUAUUUAUGUUUAUGUUUAUCUUAUUUAAUUUGCUUUGUUAUUUAUUAUGUAUGUUAAUAAAAUGUUGAACACAUAGUUUUUAGUACAGAUGCUUUAAAACUGGCAGCUUAAAAAAAUGAAAAAAAAAAAAAAAUAGUGAUAAUAAUUGAGCUUGGACGACAUGACAAAAUAUAUCACUUUUUUUUUUUGCCAAAUCGCCCAGUCCUAGUUUCAUCUCUGUAUGAUAUUUCAAGAGGAGAGCUUAAGGGACCUUGUGUUGACAAAGAAAAUCAUUUCUGCCAUUUUGAAACCCUGUAGUUGAAUACGACCAAAGAGUGCCUCCAUGUCCUCCCAUUAUUAAGAAAAUAAGCCAAUAAUACUGCCUUGGUAGAUUCUCACAUGUCAUGUUAGUGACAUAUUCUUGUGCCAAGGCUUGUACAAAAUCAAUCCUGCUUGUAGAGCCGCAGGACUGACGUCACACUUCUUCUUCUGACCAAACCAUUAAACCAAUAAACAGCAAAGAUCCCUCAAGUUGGUAGAGUCUGCAGCAGAACAGACUCUUACAUUGAUUCAACAAAGAUACUCACGGUUAAAGAAAGUUCAAUAAUUCUUGUGUUACUGUUCGUCAUGUCUUCUUGUACCAAAAAGUGAACAUUUGGACUCAAAUCAACAUGACUCGGACUGCUGUAACUGAAUGCAUGCCUGACAAAUAGUAAAGUGCAUUUUAAUAUCUCUAGUGUGAUUAAUGUUCCAUCUGUUACAAUGGGGGGGCUGAAUAACCUAUUCUGCAGCUAGCCACCAGGGGUAGCUCUUAAAGUUUUGGCUUCACUCUGGAGAAACUUUCGUGUGGUCCGUGUUAUUAUGCAGUCUAUGGACUGGAGUGAUAUUUCAAACACAGCUGCUGUGUGAGAUAAGGUCACAGCAUAAAGACAAAGACUGUAAAGCUUAUAGCCACUCCUCAAUAUUGGUUAAUCAUCUCAUAUCAUACUGCCUUUGCUAAUUAAAACAAUGCAAUCAGAUUCUGCGUAUGAAUAAAUAAUGUGAACGCAUGGAAAACAUUUUUGUUAUUGGGAGACAGUUAAUUAAAUUUUAAUCUCAAUCACAGUUUUGGCCUUUCGACUAUCAAAGAGACAUGAUUGACAGCAUUUGUUUACAUAUUAUUGCAGGCUAUGCUUGUGCAAAGCUUUAGUGGUAAGUAGUCAUUAACAAAGUAGCAUUUCAAAUGUGUCACCCUUUUUUCUUUACUUGCACUAGCUCUGUUGACAAUAUUUUGCUGUUUUUUAGAGAAAUCACCCAUAUAAUAAAACUGUAAAUGGUCGAGACUUGUUGUUGAUGAUGGAGCAAGUCCUGAGAUUCCAAAACUUAAAGUUCAUAAAGAAACAUCUGCAGCAAAGCCAGCCCAGAACAAGUAGCUUAGGUAAGUAAUGUGUGUUAGUAAAGCAGAGGGACAGAGUGAGCUUGGAGUUAGAGUAUCAGAGUAAGCUUGGUCUGAGUCCAGCCCUGUCAAUAAGCAAGUAGCUUGACAUAUCAAUUAUGAUUAGUUAUCAGAAUCUCAAUGUUGAUCAAAAUAAUCUUGAUUAGCAUUUUGACCAUCGUCCUGCAGCCCUUAUGGUAGUGUUUUAGUGUCCAUGUAUUACCUUGUGUUUUUAUGGGUUAUGACUGAUCAUAACAAAACAGUCCUUGUCGAGAGUUAAUGGAAUCUCAGAUCUUUGCGGCUUCUCAGCCAAAGACAAGAAAGCUUUUUAUCAAUCUUUAUAGACAUCGAGGCCUUAAUACACACAUCUGACAACCCACUUUAAGUCAUAUUCUUUGUGCUCCAGCCCUCAAACUGUAAAUAUUUACACCUAAGCCCUGUAAAUCCAUUAUUGGUAGUCUGCAUAACUGCCCCCUCUGAUAAUUUGCCUCUGCUGCUUCAUUCUCAGGCAGUAGUCUGUGUUAGAGUGCGUCAGAUUUUCCUCUUAUUAAUCAAGCUAGUUUAUUCACAGUAGUUUUUCCUGGGCUUUAUCCUUCCUCUCCAGCUAUUUGCUAUCACCUCCAUCAGCACGCAGACAAUGAACCUGAGGUCACCCAUGUGGCUAUGUGGUGGGAGUUUGAGUUCAUACUGUAAAAUGCAUUAACAGAGGCACACAAAUAAGCACAAAGACAAAAAUGAGAGCAGCAGACAGUGAAAUAUGUAGAUUUUCAGCAUUUUUCUUUUUUUGCUAUGUCUGGCCUCAGUCUUCACCUGCUCUCUUUACCUUUAUUUUUCCGGUGAAUUAAGGAAAGGGGUGAAAGGGGUGGGGUAAGGCAGGAAGGGGUGGUGAGGGAGAAAUGAGAUGCCUCAACACUUCACUGCCCUCUUCUCUCCAUCCAACUCCCCCACACACCUGGGAUGGCCAUUUCAUUUCAGAGUGCAGCAAAUGGAAAGGUGAUCUUAAUCUACCCUGCCCCCCCCAUCUCCCACACACGGAGCCUCAUACCGCUGAUGGACAUCACACCACUGAGCCUGCACACCAAAUUUAGUGAUAGAGGACACUGGAUCUGGAUCCACAGCAGUUUAUUCUCCUCAUUUCAAAAUCAAUCUUUGUUCACCUUGUUAUCUGUUGAGUUUUUGAUCCUGUACCUCUAACUGGCAGUUGUGGUCCUUUUAUUGGAGCAGGUGACAGUCGACUUGUGUCAAAGCUUUUCAACGUGACCUCUGUUAGCUCAUUACCCGGGUUUAUCUCUCUGCUGUUAGCUCUUUGGUCAUUACAGUCACAAGCAGAGGUAUGCACUGGCUAUUGAUUUCCUAUGGGCGGCCUGCUGCAGGCUAGUUCAUUAGGAAGGUGAUCACAAACUGGUGGAUUAACUGGACUGGAGGCACACUGGGAAAGGUUGUUGUUUUGUGCAAGACAGAUUUUCUUUGAGCGUAGAAUCAGAAAUUUGAUUAGCAUGAAAUGUCCAAUAAACAGAUGUCACUUAAGAUGUGACUUAUGAUUUUAAAAUUUAUUGAAAAAUCCCCAAACCGCUGUAAGAGCUGGUAAACAAACACACACAAAAAAGGAAAUAAAAUACCAGAUAGCACAAUUUAGUCGACAGUCAGCAAUAGGGCUGUGUUAGGGAAAGAAAAAAUCAGUGAUUUUGAGAAAAUUAUUGUGUUAACACUGAUAAAUACACAGUUAUUCUAUCCCAACAAUACUACAAACUAAAGAUGGCGUUUGAUCAGACAAAGGUAUUUUUUCACUGUGCAGUUGUUGGCCCAUAUUUUUCAAAAGGGAAUAUCAGAAGAGCAGCCAGAAACCUGUGUUAUACAUUACUGUAGGUUUCACAGACAAUAAAAAUAUCUCUUCCUUUGGCGCUUAAAACACACACUGGCAAAGUUUGAGGAGUUUGAAAAGACUGAACAAGAAUCUGUGUACUCUGAAGAAUAGGCAGAAGUAUCACAAUGUUUUUCUUAUGAAAUCAUGAUUUAUUCUCAUAAUAUGGGAUGUGGGGGUAGAGUUGACCAAACAGUUAAACAUCCUCACCCUUGCUGGUCAGUACAAGAAUUAUCUAUAGGUUGCACUAUUACAUUUUUUUUUUAUUAAUGCAGGCCAGUUAAAUAUCGUGUCCAAGCUGUAGCAUAGCAACCCAUCUCUAGCCUGGGCUGUGGCAGUCAAAACCUUCUGCCAUUAAGCUCUAAUGCUCAACAACCAGGAUGUAAACAAGCACAGAUGACAGACGGCAGCUUGUAGUAUGAGGCUGAUUUUAAGCUGUGUCUGGUCAAGUUGGAAGAUAAACACCUGACUGGAAAGCGUAUAUUGUGUGUUGAUUGUGGGAUUAUAUAGUACAUGUUAUUAUUUUCCAGCAGAAAACAAUCUUUUGAUGUUGGAAGGAUUCUGAAAUAUUUUACUUCUUGACCUUUUCUCUCAGAUAUCACUCACCAGCAUCACUGCUGCAAUUGACAGGCAUCACAAAUAACAGUUUAAUUAAAUGGUGUCUUCUUUGAAAGUGAACACAAAAUACAUGCCUAUCUAAAUUUGCUUUAACCUUGUAGGGUCAAUAAAGAGAAUUUAGAUAAAGUAAAAUGUCAUGAAAAAAAGACCUAAUGGUCAUCCUAAGAAAAGCAACCCUCACUUCUUCUGCCCCUCUCCUCUCUUUCUCCUCCUCAACACAUCAUGGCUUGAGGCUGGACUGAGGCUGCAGCUCCACCCGCACAGCCGUUACUAUGGCAACGCUAUCUGGGCCUACCAAAGACCUGAAGCCGAAGGACAUCCUGGACAACAAUACAAUAGCAGCAAAGCACAGCCAGGGUACCUGAGGGACUUAGACCUGAGAGGCACGAUCUGGGGGUGGUGAACGGGUGGGUGGGUCGGUGGGUGGGUGGGGGGGUGCAGAUUGAGCAAGUAAAUCCUCCCCUCCCUACCUUCCUCACACACAAACACAGUCAAGAUCAGGCUUUUUUGCUGGAGAAUCUUAGAGGUUGUGAAGCAAUAAAUGAGUUUUUGUCAGUUUUAUUGGAUUCUGUAAAAAUCAUUUAUUUUGAUAACUAUCUUGGGUGGAUUUUCUGGUGAGUAAAAAAAUUGUGAUUUCUGGAGAGGCCUUAGGGAUGUUCUCUUCAAACUGACAAGGUCUGAGGAGUCAGAGGAUCACGGGAUAUGGGCUGCAUAGAAAGGCUAUACGUCAUUCUUGAUUGGCUCAGCUUGUCUUCAGUGGUCAUGGUGGCUGCAGCGGUGGCUGCUGAAUGCGAGGAUCUGGGCCACACAUCCUGCUGCUGGUGCCAGCAGCAGAGAGUAAUAGAGAUGUUUAGAGUCUAUUUGCCGUGCUUGCAUUCCUCCAUGUACUGCUGCUAAAAUAAUAAGAGGGAGGGUUACCUCAGGUCGGCCCCAGCUGAGGAGAUACGGAACAUGCAUUGUUGUCAUUGGCUCCAUCUGAGUAUCUCUCUUAAAGCCGCAGCAUAGAGCUGAAGUGCAGGACAGUGUCCAGUUAUUUAAAUGCAGCGAUCAAAGAGAAGAAGAGAUAUUAUUCCUUAAGGAUUAAAGUUGUUACAUUGUCAGUGUAAGUCUGAUGUCUGUUAUUGUUGGCAGUGCAACCCUGAUCUUAAAUUAUCUGGUAAUAUUUUCCUCCUUUAUUUAGAAUUUUUAUUUUUAUUUAAGGCUUUUAUCAUUUUAUUGAGAGGACAGGACAGCUGACUGCUCAGGAAACAGAAUAGAGACUAGAAAUAAUAUGCAACAUAGUUAACAGAUUUUUUUCUUCAAUGUCACAGCAAAAAGUUAACCUUUUUCUUAAAUCUGGUACAUAAAUUAAAUGUAGAGUCUGAGGAAAUCAGCUGUAAUUUUCUCCAGUUUUCAUUUUUCUACAAUUUUAGUUUCUUUCCUUGUAAUUUUUUUCCUGAAUUCCAUGUUUUAAAAUGUGACCAUAACAUCAGAGUAUUAAUUAAAGUAUUGAUAAAAUAUAAACAAAAUGUAUUGUGUAGAUUAGGAUAUAUCUUGUGUCCUAUUUGAAUCACUAACCAUUAAGUUGUUGUGUCAGUUGUUUUGCAGAAAAGAACUAAAUACAUGACUCUUUAUAUGUUUUUUUCUCACUUAUAUCACUGAUCAAAUAUUAAGAAGUCAGUUGUUAGAGUAAAUAUGCUUUGUUAUCCAUCCCAGGGAUGCUAACAAAUAACUAUUAUCAUUACAUUUUACAAACUCAUCCAAAAUAUAUUUAUCUCAUGUUUUAAAUGUUUUCCGUUAUCAUAAAAGGUGAUCCACAGAUAAACUAGGCUUGUUGUUGCAUUGAUCCAGAAGUUGCUGCAAAAAUGGCAUCAACAGCAACCAGCUGCAGAUAACUUUUUUAAAAGCAUUUUUAAAGAGCUCAUAGCGUGAGGUGUUUCCACUGAAUCACUGCAUUAACAGGUGGAAUACACUGAAGGACCUCUUUCUCAUGGAGCAUUAAGGUGCUGCAGUUUAACAGAUGCAAAAGGCAGAGAGCUACGGGAGAUCAUCCAAAUCACAGAUAACAGGUGGUUCUAAAAGUGCUGGUAAUCAUCAAAUUACACCCGUUCAGUAAAAUUCAGCAAUAUUCACAAUUUUAUUUUAUCCUUAAAUUGAUCUGUCCAUGUUCUCCACAUCGCAGAAGUCUGAAGACACUCUCUUCAAGUGAAGUCAUUUAGAUUGAUUUGGAUUACCCCACUUGGUCUGCUUAGCCAGUCUAGACCAACAACCAUUCACCACAAAGUCUGGUCCUGUUUGAGGCUUCUGCCGUUCAAAAAAAGCUCCUUCUUGGCAGUGUUGCCCAGUUUGUGCUCCUUGGUCACUUAGUGUUUAAUAUCAAUCUGUUUCACCCUUCUGAUGAAAAAUGUGAAGUAUUGUAAAGCUGAGGAUUCUGAUUUGUAAAACCACCUGUUGACUAAACACCAUACAACAUAUUAUCAUCUUCAAAGAUGACAGUUAACAAACCCUUUAACAUAAAUAAAGCCAACAUUACUUCUUUUUCUUCUUUAGUCAUCAACAAUAUCAAGAUGCACUCACCAGCCCUUAUCUUAGUCAACUCUUCUUUUUCAGAUUGUUCGGGUGUGUUAGCUCCUCAGUCUGCUUUACGCCUGUCCCUGGGAACUGUCAUCAUUAUCUAAAUCUCAAGACCAGCCUGAGGCAGAUACUAGCUUCUUUUUUCAUCAGUGUUUAUUGAUUGAUAAUACCUGUAAUUUUGCCACAGUGUCAACAGGCAGAGAUGAAAUGCUCUGGACUUCUUGAUAUGGAUUGAUUUGAUAUGAUGUGUGUGAUCAGGUUACCCCGGCCACUUUCCCCGUAGGAUUAAUCAUUGUUUGUCUCAAAACAAGAAGCAUGAAGUAUUUAUGAUACUAUUAUAAUUUAGUUGGGAUUCGAAGCUGGUGAUGAUUUGUUCAUGUGUCUUUGCAUGUUUUUGUGGUGUCAUAAUUGACAUUAUCUCCAGAAGUGUAACAUAUGUUGACAUUUCACUUUUCCUCUGACAAUUUUCAAUUAUUGCAGCAUUUAGAAAGAAAACAUUGCCACGGUUUGCUGCUGGUGUUAAGUAACCGUAAAUCAAAGCAAGUAUUUGUAUUCCAUUGAAGUCUUAAGAGGAUUUUAUUUGGUGUUAUGAAGUGUUAUUAGCCCUGCAGCAGCCCACUAGGCAAUUUAAAACCUUAAACAUGUAGAGGAGGGAGUCAUGCUGUGCUCUGACUGAGUUUACACAGUUUGUGUGCAUCUUUUUUGUCAGUCUGCUUCUGAUGGUUUGGAAGCAUAAAAUUUGUGUCUAUUUAAAAUGUGUUUAUCUCUCAGUGGGUGCACAACAUUGUUGAUGUUCAUGUGUGAAUAACUGCGAGUGUGGGACCUGCUUAGUCAUGCUAAAACACCCGUCUUACACCUCCUCUGUAUCCCUUUGCAGGCAGCCGAAGAAACAGGAUGUUAAUGCUUGACGGAAUGCCUGCAGUCCGAGUCAAAGCCGAGCCCCUGGAAUCGGAACAAGGGGUAAGAGAGCAGUUGUUUUCCAGACAAUUCCCCUAUUUUUUUUCCUUUCCGUCUUUCCUCCUCCCGGCAAUGGGCCGAUAAUCACUCCCAGGCCUGAGCAAGUGAGCAAGAGAGGGAGAGAGUGAGUGUGGGGGCUAAGAGGAGUGGUCGGAGAGCAUGGUAGUAAGCAGGAAGAGGAGAAGAACCCAGCUAAAAAAAAAGAGGAGGAGGAAGAGGAGGAGGAGGAGAGGCACAGCUGGAGCAGGAAUGCAUUGGGGAGUUUCGGGGAGGCGACUGGGGCCGGCAGGGAGUCCGUGCUGGAUGGGGGUGAUCGUGCAGAUGUAGUCACUGCUCCGGGGGGGAAGGAGGAGUGUCACAUGGGAAACUCUUAAAUCUUAUCGUCUUCUGUCUGUUCCUGCCUCUGUGCGUCCCUCAGUUUCCCUUCAUCCUCCCAGUCCCUCCCUUCUCACUCACACACAUGAAUGAAUAGUCUCUCUUUUGCACACAGACACACUUGGCUUCACUCUCUUUUCUGACACUAUCACAGCUCCAUCUCUUCCCCUGUUGUUCUCACGCAUGUCUGUCCUCUCUCACAGUGCUCUCUGUCACCUCUGUUUUGUUUCCCCCACUUAAAAUGAAACCACCACAGAGGAGUAGGAGAGGAGGCCACUUGAAGUUUUGUGACCUCUUUUCAACUCUGAUCAGUGAUCUUUUGUUGUAAACAAAAGUAAGGCUGCAGAGGUGCUUUGAUAUCAGUUGAUGAGAUUAUUCUGAAGGUCUUUAACUUCCUCUGUAUUUCAUGCAGACUAAGGUAUCUUUUAGGGUCAAUAGGGGACACACUGGGCUGUGCACUAAAUGUAAUGUAAUAGACGAUAAUGUCAUUGCACCAUCAUUUAAUUCCUGGAGAAACUGGACCUUGUUAUAUGGUAGAAAGGCUGGCCAAGUCCUCUUGGGUUGUUGAUCUGGGGCAAUAGAUGGGUGAAAGAACACAGGAGUCUAUGAUGUUUAUCCAAACAUAAACAUUAAAAUAAUAUCAUUACUUAAAGCUUCUGUGAGGAACUUUCCCUGUGUCAAUUUGACACCUUUUUCUCUCUUUUCUGAUCUUAUCUGUAGUGAUGUUUUUGCAAAAACCACCUUCAAUUGUCUGUUAACAGUAAGAGUUAGACAGACUUUGGAAAACUGCUGUAGAAAAAGUAAAAACAGACUUUUAAACAUCCUGUCAGUCAUCUGGCUUAAGACCUCCUCCUCACAUUGGUACUUGGCACUAAAAGUACAACUUAGGUGUAGAUGGUCUCGUCACUGGUACUCUUAUUUGCUCAUACAGGUCAUGAAAAUUUCAGCCUAUUUCAUAAUUAGUUUAAAAUUGAUCAUAGUAGAUAUAACUGUAUCAAUCUUAAAUGCUAAAUUAACUUCUGUUCAACAUUGUUUCUCAAAAAGUGUCCUGCUUCUUUAGCUGCAAAUCAGUCUGAAAACAAUAGAAACACACAAGAAAGGAUUAGUAAGAAGUCAGGACAACCCUGAAAAGUAAGCCAUUGCACCAAGAGGCCUAUUCACUCCUCAGGACCUUUACUGAUUGGUUCUGAGAUUAUCCAUGUGUUUGACAUAAAGGAAAUAAUGCAGGACCAUAUACCUCAGAAUAGCGUCAAUACAGUUCACAAACCAUGUGAACAGGAAAACAGUUAUCGGAUAUUCAUGGAUUUGUCCUGUCUUGAAAAUUAAGAUAAAGAGCACAAAAAUGAACAUUAAAGAUUCUCUGUUAGUGGGAGAAAUCCAAUGCAAAAAAAUAAAUACAUAAAUAAAAUAAAACAUUAUUUCCUCUGUGGCAAUGCAGCAGUGCUCAUAGUAUGUCAGAAUGAGGUCUGAAACACUAAAGGGUAGAAACCAUUUAUCAGUAUUUAAUAACCUGAGAACAAGAGUCUAGGGAUUUGCAUUAAAAAAACAACAACAAAGCACAUUGUCUUGAGUUAGAUUCACCAUCUGAUGUAUCAAUAAAAUAAAAUAUGUUUCUUUAUACUAAAAAUACAGUUUUCAAGUUAAAUAUCUGUAAGAGUUAAGUAACAAAAUUCUGUGAGGUGGUAUAGGUGUUUAUUUGUACUGUAAAUGAUUAUUAUUAUUAUUUAAUAUAAUAUAAAUAAAAUGCUAAAAUAACAUUUUUCAUCUACUCCCAUGUUCAAAAGACCAGUCAGCGCAACUGAGAAAAUGUUCGAGCACAAUGUUCAAUUAAAGGGUGUAUAUAAGGCGGUUAGGAAUAACAUGGUUACCUCAUGCAGGUUUUCAUGGCCCACAUACAGAGCAGCAUCAGAGCUCUCCGGUCCAACAUACCUCGAAAUAAAGUGGUCUUGUUAUGGAGAAGCUGUUGCUAGGUUACAAGGGCUUUGUGUUGCUGCCACAGCUGUGUGUAUGUGUGUAUGUGCAGUGGGCACAGGCCACUUAAUAUUUGUUAUCAUGAUGAAUUAGAGCACAGUUACUAUUGAUUUCCAUUCAUAACAUAUCAAUAAUAACGCGCCCCCUGAUAUGUUACGGGGAGAAGAGCAAAAUAGUUUCUGUUGCGAUGAAACCGAGAGCAUUAGCACAUGAUGGAUGAGAGAAAUAGCAGCUGCUGAUAACCCAUCAGGUUAGCUCCUAUCCUGAAUUGUUCAGCUGUGUUGGUGCUCUGUAUUGAUAGGUAUUGAAUCCAUCUCUUGUGACAUGACAGAGGGGCAGCAGGUGGUUUCUUUCUGGGUGUCCUGCUCUCAGCUGUGCUACCUAAUACCUGGUGUUUGAAGUCAUUCUCCAUACUUACAGUGAUGUCAGCCACAGACAGGAUGUGAGCGCUUCAGCCCACACGGCUUUGAAGAGCACAGAGAUCCAAUCUUGCCCUAUAACAGAGUGUGUGCUUCCCUUUAGGCAGCAGACAGACAGACAGUUUAGGCUGCUGCAGAAAUGUGGUCUUCAUUUGGGGGGUGGGGGGCCAAGGGCUUGCUGGAAAUGGUCCGCCUUGUUAGACAAUUCUCCUGCAAGGGGCUGGAAAAUAUGCCCUGCUAACCAGUAUCCCCUAAUAAAGACAAUGGCAUGAGGACAGAGGCAUGCAGGCGGGUCGAGGAUAUCUGUGUAUGUGUGUCAGCCUGUGUGAGUAGGUGUAAGUUUGAGAGCCUGCGUAUGUUUGUUUUUAUCAGUCAGAAUGAGAGUGGAGGUGGUUCAAGUUUCCAGUUCAGAUGUAACUAAGAACCUCAAAUGCAAAUAUCAGUUUUUUUCUUGAAACACUGUGCCAGUUUGACCUUUAAUCUUAGGUUUGUUUGCCUCACAGGAUUGGGCGAUUUUACCAGUUAGAAAAACAGCACUUUUGAAUAAAGAGAUGGCACCUGUAAAGCAAAAACAAAACAAUUGACGUGUGGAGAUUGAAAGCAAAAGCAAUUUCCUAUUUCCAAGAUUCCUGACUAGCUGUCACUUCAAAAAAUGUUCCAACAGAACCAAAAUAACACCUGAUUUAUUGAAAUUCACUACAAAACAGUGUAUUUGGCUUGAGUUGUUCUGGAGAAUUUUAAAGCCUUCUCUGCCUCACAUAACCUCCAAACUAACGCAAAAGUUUGUGAUUUAUCCUAGCAAAAAGCCACAACUAUAUUAACUGUUUCUGUAUCUUUUUUCACUAAAUCUAAAUUGUUUUUUAAGAUUAAAAUGUGUGAACUAGAUUAUAGUUCAGCAAAGCUAGCUAAAUGUCAUCAAAAUAACAACCACAUGCUAGCUACUUUGUUUACUAACUCUGCUAACCUGCUCUGAUGCUAGCUGUUUGCCAAACAUACUCAGAUAAGAAGACUAGAAAAACAGCUAACAGCUUAACACAAAAGUUUGCGUUACAAUUUAUGCUAGCAAAAAGCCACAACCUUAACUGUUUCUGUAUCUUUCUUUCACUAAAUCCAAAUUGUUUUUAAAGAUUACAAUGACUGAACCAGAUUAUUAAAAGUUCAGCAAAGCUAGCUAAAUGUCAUCAAAAUAACAACUACAUGCUAGCUACUUUGUUUGCUAACUUUGCUAACCUGCUCUGAUGCUAGCUGUUUGCCAAACAUACUCAGAUAACAAGACUUUUGUCGCCUUGAGCGUAGACAGUUAAGUUAUACAGGUGAUGUAAGGAUAACGUCUUUGAGACAAACCGAGGGACAACAAGGGGAAUUCAGUUUAGUCUUAUUUUGUUGGCAUGAAGCCCUCUGUUCAGCAAAACGAACACAGACUUAGUUUCAGAAAUUCAGCACUCAUCUGAUUUUUCUCACGCCUGCUUUCAUAAAGCACUGAUUGAGUUCAAGGUACAUGUUUUUACACUUGAUCCCAUUGAAAGGGGUCAGAUGCAGAUUAGUUUAGUGCCAACAAGGAUGGCAGUAGUGGUUUGCUCAGGACCAUCCACUUAGGCUACAGCAUUUUCAUAUGGAUGAGGAGAGUAUUUUUCUGCAGCCUAUAAGUCUAAAAGCUAAAUAGUUUUCGGAGAAAUUCACGUUUUGAUAUUAUUUUAUCAAACUUUAUCAUAACUGUUUUUUUACACACAUAUUUACCAUCCUUAGACAAUCAUUUAAAUAUACUGACCAGCAUUCAACAACACUUGCCGUGUGUAUAGAUUUUUUUCUGUAAUUUUUCUCAUUUCAGCAGUAGGUAGAUCUUGCAUUUCAGUAGAACUUGAGUUGCCAGUGAAACACACUCUUGGAGAGAAAAACAAGAUUUCCAAACACUGAGAUCAGUCUCAAUGGGUCUUAUGACUUCAAAGCCUGCAGGCAGUAUAGCUGGAGGCAGUCUGUGACGCUCACGUCCUAUACUGAACAUGCAAACACAGAGCGAGUGCAGGCAGAGGCAGCUGGAUGAUCGCCUGAGGGUCUGUCAAGAAAGGCGACAGGGAGCUGAUGCGGGAGUUGAUGUAAGGGAGCCACAGAGGACAUUUGACAUCACAAUCAUACAUAUUAUCAACUUGUGGACAUUUCUUUUGACAUAUUUCUCAAGGUAGAGUUGUGGAGCAGAGACUGCAGAUAAACAUAGUAGUUAGAGAGCAGAUAUACAGCCAGGGAGAAAAUAAAAUGAGAACUUUGGUAGCCUGGGGGAGGAAUCUUUUCAUGAAGAGAGACUGCACUAUAGAGUCUUCGACAAGUCACCAAAAGUUGCAUUUAAAGGCACGUAAACAAUUCAUAAAUGCUAUAAUGUACAACGAACAGAUAUAAGUGUUUCUUAAUUAUUUUGAUAGCUAAAACUUUCUGCAGGCACAAGGGUUAAUGCAUGCACAUAGUAAAAGAGUGAUGUAAAAACUCGACUUCUUUUCAUUUAGAUACAGUAUCUUUUUUUCUAGAAGCAAGACUUGGCCAAGACAGAAUCACAAUAGAGUUUCACAUGAGAAGACAAAUGUUUUACACAAUCUUACAUUCAAAAGUGUAUAUCAACAAAAUACCCUAGAUCAGUGAACUCCAGCUCUCAGACUUGAGGGAGAAAACACUUUCUGUGACUUUUGCUACAGAUUAAGAAGAUUUGAAGGAUAAAACACAGAAAAGGACACUGAACUUUAAAAGGUAGGGGCCACUAAAAUGUUUUAGGGGCAAACUGGGAAACGAGGUUAGAGAUCAGCUUGUUGCCUCAUGAAGAAAAAGGCACCAUUGUAGCACUGCAGUGUGGUUAAAAGAAAACAACAUGAUGCGUAAAACUUGAACAAGAACAAACAUCACAAGUAAGCUCAAUGUACUGACUCUAUUUUCUAAGAAGAUGAGGUUGCAAGCAUAUAAUAGAUUUGACCAAAAGUAAUUACUGAUUUAAAAUGUGCUUGAAUCAGUUUGUUCUUUGUGCCAAAAGAAAAACAGGAAUUCAAGUCCAUAAAAAUGCUGAGAGUACUUAAACAUCAUGAGUCGUCCUCUUGUACUCCUCCAGGGUUUUGUCUUCUUUAAAGCUUCUGUGGGUGACUCUCUGUUUGUGUUGACUUUGGUGCCCCCUAUGGACAAACUGGGAUCCCUUGUAUCAUUUCUGAUCUCAUCCCAUCCUUUUAAAUGUGGGGGUAAUUGACAAAUAAUCUCUUCCUGUUGUCUUUUUGCAACGAAAUUUGUUACCCACUGUGAAUAUUUGCUGACGUAAAACCAUAACUGCUGCUGUUUUUUCAGUGUACCUACCCUCUUAUAGCAGUAACAGGUGUCAAGUUUUACAGUGUAGUGUUUUGUACAUCAUAGAGACACAUAUGCAUUCAUUCCAGUCUGUUUUAUGGUCUAUCAGAAACUCUUAAUAGAAGCUUUAAAAAUGACAAUAAAUUGAAAAUAUAUUCUAUUGGUAUCAUAAAAAACAAUUGAUCUUCACAUAAUAUAUUAUAUGGCAAAGAACAGGUGACAAUCUAGCAAAAAAAAAUUCAAAAUUAUUAUUUCUAAUAUUUUUCAUGGCAACUGCUUAAAGUAGAUGAUAGAUAUUACUGUUAAAGGACAACUGGAUGAGGUUUUUGUCUGAAACAUUUACUUUCAAGACAUAAAAAGUUUCACUAUAUGUAAAAAUGGACACCAGAACUGCCUCAAACCAAAAGUCACCCACAGCAGCUUUAACAAGGUUUCACUUCAGGCCAAAGCUGAUUUUUUUUCACCAUGAAAGUACUAUGACAUCAAAGUUAACUGGAGUAAAACUCAUGUCACUGCUGUCAUAUGAUUGUGUUUUUAAAGAACUCCACCCAUCUAAGUUUUAAAACGACUCCCCAGAGAUGUAUUAAGCCCCACGAGUGGACGAAUCAACAUUACAGCCAACAGUUACAACUCAGAACUGAGUUAAUUUAAUCAGAGCAAUAAAAAAGUUCAGCUUGCCUCAUCCAUUCUUUAUUAUCAGUGACUCAUUCAUUCAUUAGUUUUGUGGCCAGCAGCUCAAAUCUAAUCAUAUAGUUAUAGUGUUCAGUACGGUCUUUUUAAUUUCCCCACUAGACUCUCAUGCCACACGGUUUCUAAAGCAGAUCUUUCCUCCGCCCAGGCCUCCUUCCUCUUGUUGUUCUGAAGCUUUUGGUACUGUUGUCUUUGCCUUUAUGUAUGUGCUCCUUUAUUAAGAGGGGAGUUAGUUCUCCCAGCAGAAUCCUCACUGCGAUUUGGAUUAUUUGAGAGCUCCCUCAAAGCCUCUUUUUUCGCCAAAUAUAACUUAAAACUAUUUACUAAAAAUGGUCAAUUCCUUUAGGGGAGAGUCUCCGACUGAGGAGCAGUAAAACAACAGAAAUAAUCAUCUCAUGAUGUUUUUCACAAAGCUUUUUUUUCACUUGGGAUACCUAAGGCUGUUUAUAUUCUCAUGAUAUGAAAACAGCCUGUUUACAUACAUAAACCAAUGUAAAAGCACUUCAAAAAUGCAUGGUGGGUGGUUCGCAGGAUGACUCAGACCGUAACGUGCAGUGAACUUUGACCUGACACUACCGGCCCCCAUCUGAACCCCACAGAGGUUCACCAGAGAUCAUCCGAGGGCAUAUUUCAUGGGGUUAGGUUUGUUUUCCAGCUGAGGAGGAGUCUCUCAGGGAGAAGCACACUUUGAUUCAUGCGGGGUCGUAACAUUUCCUGUAGUCCGGCGAACACGUCUGGAGUAAAAAUAGUACGAGCUACUACGUAAAAGAACAGUUCGAAAAUCUCACCGCAGAUCCUCUGUGAGCCAGCAUUACAUAAGGGGAAAGAUAUGUGAGCGUUAAAAACAAACCAGAGGAAGAAAACCCACUUUUUUUAUCUGCUGCAGCUGCGAGUCUGAAUUUUUCCCCUUACUUUCACAAUUUUUCCUGCAUGAUUAGUAAAAAAUCCUGGAUGUGCCCAUUCCCUGAUGGCCUAAGUGUGACUCAGCCUUUGAAAGGCUCCACUGUGAGGAUCAACACUGCUCACCACACACUCCAGCACCCCUCCUACACCCAGCCUAGUCAGUCUUAGUCUGCUGCAUCACACUCAAAAGCCUAUAAAACCAGAUUUUGGACCGAUAGGAAGGUUUAAAGUUUACGUUUCAGGUGCAGAAAAAUAGCCAAAGGGUCCCAAGAGUCGUUUUCCUACUGUGUAUGUUCUUCAUUAUCUUUUUCUGAGUACACAGGUUCCUGAAACUCAUGCAGACAGAUGGAGCGCUUGUGUUACAGUCUGCUUGGUGUUAAGUGAAAGAUGUGUUGAGGGAUACACUGAGCCACCAGCGUUGGCCUUAGGAGGCCCAUCGCCUAGAGACAGAGGGAAAGAGAAAGAGAGAGACGGUCAGGAAAUUGAGCCCAUAUGAUGUUUUUCCACCGUCACAAAGGAGAUUUAGGAGAGAUACGAGGGGAGCCAAGAGAGCGACGUUUUCUGUGGGAGUGAUGGAAAACAGCAGGAAAACAGAGAGAGAGAGCGAAAGAGAGAGAGAGAGAGAGCAGCCCACGCCAAGAAAGCAAAGAAAGAGAGGAAGGAUACGGUGAAAGAGGGCGGCUGUGAGAGACUCUAUCUUUACUCCUGCGCUUCAUCAGCGUGUGACAUCAUGCUCACUCAGGACGAUGAAGGCUUGAAUGAACACGAGGAAAUGAACGGCUGCUUUCUCUCUCUUUACCUCGCUGACAUGUUUCUUUCAUGCUGCUUUCUCUUCCUGAAGAUGAACAGAUGGACAAAGUUCAGCGUUUAUAACCUGAAAUCAGGAACAUGUACAGCCAUAAGCACAUUGACAGCGUACAGUUGUUUUUUUAUGUUUUUUUUUGUACCAUAUUUGUGAGGUGCAGUAACUUUUGAUGAAAAACUUAAAUCAGACAGGCUUUUUCUAAUUUUCCCAAUCUAAAUUUUGAUAUAUUUUUUAAAACCUAUUUUUCAAAGCUUUAACUUUAGCAAUUUCAUGAUGAUAUUAUGGCAUGCAUCUUUUGUUUUAAAGAGAAACUUCACAAUAUGUAUUUUGAAAAGUAAUAAAAGUGCAAUACAUUUAAAAAAGAGGACCCAGUUGAGUUUAGUUUGACAAAUGAACAUCCCAAUUCCUAAAAACAUUAGUCAUUAUAUUUCACAGUUGUCAGUUUGCAGCUAAGGACCCACUGUCCUGAGAAACACCUGAAAUUUAAACCCUUCCUACAUUUUCUCCUGUGUUCUUUUUUUUUUUUUUUUUUUUACAAACAACUAUAAUAAUACCUUUUAUUCAACGUUUUGCAUUUCAAACAAAUCUCAAAGUGCUUCAGAGUAAAAAACAGAAACAGAGUCUGCUUUUUUUCUGUACUCACAUUUGAAUCCCUUUAACUUCGCUCUCAACACACAAACAUCAAACACUGACUAAACAUGUACAAAGCAGCAUUAGACAUUUAACAUAUAGCGUGUCAGAUAUUUUUCCUUCUUUUUCAUGUUCUUAUUUUUCGUAUUUCAUUUUAAACGUAUGGAAAAUUUUAAAAUGUGAGGCAAGUGCAUGUUGGAGUAACUACAGGACAGGACUGCUGGCCGCUCUGAUCAGCUUGUUUUAAAAGUUAUACCACAAAUUAAGCAUGAUAAAGACGAGAUCUGCUCAAAUCACCAGAUGGUUAGUCUCUUAAAAAAAAAAAAAAAAAAGCAGAAUAAAAAUGAUUUUUACGUUCUUUGUUGUUCCAGAUUUUCUAGUUCCUUUUUUAAACAUUUUAUUAAACUAUUUUAUGUGGAAGUUAUAAAAACACUUGCUAGGCUGACACCUACCCCUCUAGCACCGCUUUUAGCCAUUAAAAAUGAUGAGAUACAACUGAUAAAUCUGGUCCCAGAUGGUCUUGUUUGCUUUUGGAUGUCAUGAAAUGCAUCAGUGUGAAUUUUAGUCUAUUUCAUGAACAUCAAAAAACGUGUCAUGGGAGCUUUAACUUGAAUCACAGACACAAAACAAUAAAGAUGAGUGGGAGGAUAAGAGGAUCUAAAUCUAACUAGUUUUUUUUUUUCUUCUUCUUCUCCACAGUCGCCUAAAGUGCGUCCUUACUCUGCGAUGGACGGUGUCCCCUUCUUCCUCAGCAGAGUCAAGCCUGAACCUCCAGAGGACUUGCUAGCUCACGACCUACACUUCCACACACAGACUGAACCUGUCGAUCUGUCAAUCAACAAGCCCCGCCCUUUAUCUUCUUUAUCCACCACCCCCACUACCACCUCAUCCUCUUCCCCUCUGAGAUCCGCCUUCUCCCCAUCCUCAUUAUCGUCGUCAUCUUCCUCUUCCUCUUCCCCCUCAGUCAUCACCUCAGCCUCAUCGGUGCUUACGCCGGGCCCUCUGGUUGCCCCUGGAUCCGGGGUCAGAGGUCAGCCCUAUUUGCACAUCCUGCACUCUGUGCCGCCGCCUCCGUCCAGCCCUCUGAGCCUGCAGGGAGCCGGGAAGCUGGCCAGCCAUGUUCACCGCAUCCCUGUUGUGGUUCAGUCACUGCCGCUCAUGUACACCACCGCCGUUCGAUCCCCCUCCAGCCUCAACAACGCCAUCAUGCUACCUCUGCUGGACGAGGCCAAAAGCCAGGGCAAAGGUGAGGGCACACUCUGAGUUUCCUCCAUAUUCAUACAGCUGACCGUGCUCUGGUGGGAUUUCUAUUCAAGCAUUUCAUCAUUUGGAGUUAGGAAUGGUUGUUGAAGGUGUUUUAACAAUUAUUAAGAAUUUACCCAACUACUAGACCUGAGAAAGACUUCACAUUCACUGCUAAGACUUGAAGAAGAAAGUUGAAUUUAUUAUUUUAAGAUAGGUAAUAAAAAAAUAUACACACACAUUUCAUUCGGGAACAAUGACAUGCAUCUUUAAGAGUGAGAAAGAGGGUUGAACACUGAAACAGAAGCAAAAAAAAUCAAAAUAAUUAUCACCUCCAUUUAGAGUAGAAAUAUCCAAUACUCUUGUCUAUUUGUUAAUUAAAGGUAAAAUAAGGAUAUGUUUACUUGGGUUUUAUUUCAACAAAGUUAUACACCAUACAUUUUCAAAACAGACAAAAAUGACUGUCUUGGUUGCCUAAAUAUUGACCGCUGACUGACCUGCAAAAGAAAUGAUGAUGCAUCAUGAUACUGUGCUCAGUUUUACUCAACAACACAAAGGGGAUUUGUUUCUAGCAAGCAGCAGCCUCUGGUGAAAAUGAAGCAGGUGCAGUUCCUCGAGUGUCCACUUGAGGCUGUUUCCAAAAGUCAGCAGAGCUCCAUUAGAGCCCGUUUUAAAUAUACACUUUCACAGUAGAAGUAAAAAUACUUACUGCCUGGUACUGAUAGUCAUUUUGCUUUUUGUCCCCCAUUUUUUCACCUGGAAAAUUGCACAGGAGGUCAGUACUUAUUAACACCUGAGUCAGUUGAAAUUAGCAUUUCUAUGAUGAGGCUGUCAUCUUUUUUUAAUUUUUGUCAAUGAGUAGAAACAAAAUAUACUGGAACAUUUUUUUCAGGGAUUGAUUUAAUUCAAUGAGUGUGAUGUGCUUGAUGUGACCGCUGAUAUUGCUCUUGUUAUGCAAGGUUAAUAAGCAUUGUUAAUGGGCAGUCAAGGGGUUUGGACCAUCAGAAACAAUUAUUUAACACAGACAGUAAUAGUAACAAUGAAACUGAGACCUACUUGAAUCAGUUUAUUGGACACUACUCUCAGGGAUUGUAAUGAAGCAAUAAGUGAAGACAUCUAAAAUGAUAUUUAUUAGAGUAGAAUAAAAAGGUAGAUCUGUUUGUCGGCUGUUUCUGUUAAAAAUCAUUUUUAAAGUAAAGUCCAUUGUGGGAUCAGCCUGUAAAGAAAUGCUUGUAAUAUCUGUGUGCUGUGGCCUGAGAUCUCCUGAUGACAAGCUGUUUAUGAUGCUUUAUUUGUCUGCACAGGUGCCCUACUGUCUUUAGUCAAAGCACUUGCAGACACAACUGUGAGAGCUGACUGUGUGUGUAUGUGUGUGUGUGUUUUUAGAGACGGCCCCUCAGGCGGUAAUGUUCCCUCCUCUGAGUGAAGAUGAGGUUCACAGGUUGAAAGGCUCUCCCAUCUUUAACUUGACAGAGAUUUCACUCGGCUGUCUUAAACAGCCUCUGGCGCGGGUAACCAGGGCCACACCAGUCGUUACCUCUUCUUUGCUGACGAGAAGCAAACAUGUGAGGCAGUUUGAGCAUUAGACCUCUCUGGCCUGGCUUACUCUGUGUUAUUGGUUUUCUCUCUGGGUGUGGUUUUUACUGCCAGCCGCUGGGAGUGGGUCUACAGAAGGUGUUUCUGUCCAACUCUGAGGCGUACACAAGGCAGCUGUUGGCUUUUAGAGAGGCUGCUGCUUGUGAAUCCCUGCAGGACGGACAGAAAAAAUUCAGCCCACAUCUCUGCAUGCUCUUUAUGUACAAGCAAACAAACAGAUAUGUGUAAUCAGAACAUGGAGAUGGACAUUCAGCCAGCUGGGUGGGGUGGUCUCCUUAGAGAUGGGCGUUUUAAGCGCUGAGGAGACGAGAGGAAAGGACAGGAAAAACAAGAGUUGCAUAAGAGGGUGUGGAUGGAUACUGAAGAUGGGUGGCACUUAUACAAACACAUGAACACACACAUAUAUAUAUACACACACAGUCCAAUCCUGUCUGUGCCCAGCUCUGAAGGCACCAAACACAAAGGAAGUGUGGUGAACGAGUGUUGGAUGAUGGGUGUGGUGGCUAGAGUCACUUUUAAUGAGCUAUAGCGACCAGAGGACAGACAGAACUUUGAGAAGUUUAUUGCACCUAAUGUGAUUUAAUGAGAACAUCUAAUUACACAUUCCUACACUCAAUGUAAAAAUAAUGAAGCACUUCAAGAAAUCACAUCUUUAAUUGGAGAUAAAUAGAUUUUCCUAGUCUUUCUGUGUCCAUUUCACUUCAUAUUUUGAAAGUUAAUAUACAGUAUGUAAACUGAGUCUGUGUGUAAAUAUCAAGUGUUCAGGUUUGUGUCAUACCCACUGGCAGUAAUCUGACUUCACUCUAUUCUCUAUAAACAGAUAUUGUGGCCAAUGAUCUAAUCUGAGUAAAUGAAAAUUAAACUAAGGGGACAAAUUUGCUUGAUGUUGUGUCACAGAGCCGACUGUGACACAUUUCAUUUCUUCUAUUAAAGAAAUAUAUAUAAAGAAAAGUAAUUUUUUAUCCCAUUGGCUGAUUUUUCACUAACUAUAAGCACGUCAAGUCUUACUUUUGCUAUGUCAUAUCCUAGAAUGAGGAUACUUGUUGGGUAAAUUUGGCUAAAAUGAAGCCCAAUAAGACAUUUUGACGAAAAACACUUGCUAAGAUUGGACUUUUUACUUUUGAUCUCAACUAUAGACUGUAUCUUAAAAUAUUUGACUGACACUGGUAUGGACAAUGUCACUUUGUUUCCAUCCACAGUGAGCGUUAAAGCCAUAAGACCACCCCCAUGGGUGCUCACUUAAUGCACUCAUGUACCAAGGGCAUCCACAGAAGCAACUUGACUGGUUGAGUCACAGAUGUGUCAUCUGGAAACUAAAACACAUGUUAAACUUACAUUUUGCAAGUAUUUCACUUACAUUUUCAUUUUAAUAAACAAUAUGAGAUUAAAAUGAACAGUGUAAAAGUUCGCAAACUGUGAAGUCAUCACAUUUAGAGCUCCCCCUACUGACUGGCUGCAGGAUAUUUCAGUAACCCUGUCUUCUUCUUGACAACAGAUGAACUGCAGCCAAACUAUAACAUUUAAAUAUGCAUCAUGAUAUUGAUAUUCACGUACGCUAAUUGAUGUUCAGUUAUUCAUUUAUCCAAGACUGGGUACUUUUAAUUUGUUAUUCAAUUUCAAAGGAGCAUUGAGACACAUUGACCAUUUAGUAUCCAGUCAAUGAUCUGAAUGUGUUUGCUUAGAUUGGACUGUAAACAAGCCAAUGCAUGAAUAAAGGUCUUUGCCGGAAGUCAACCAGCCCCUGGCUACACUGGAAUACCCAAAGAGUUCACUGUCACUCCCAUCUAAUGAGUCCCCAGAUUGGUUAAUAGUAGGAAAAACAUGUUUUUAAAAACCGGUGGAGUUAUGACUUUGAGCCCAUUCCUUCUCUAAUAGCUUUAUUUGUGGGAUCAAGAGCCGUAAUUUGUCGUGUUUGGCUUGAUCCAAACCAAACAACCAUAUUUGAUGAUGAAACUCUCAGUCAUACCAAAAACCUUCAACAUAGAUAAGGAAAAAAAAAAGAAAAACUGUACAACACGUGCACUUCCACUCACUUACAAACACACGCACAGGUUGGCCAUCCUCUUUGAGAGCGGGUGGGUACCCUCUCCUUCCACUGCUGUCUCCCUGUCUCCGGCAGCAGGUUGCCAUGGAAACAGGGCUUGACUAGAAACAACAGGAGAGAAAGAAAAGAAAUCCGGUGCUCUGCCCACCUCUCCACCACUCCUCCUUUGUGUCCCCUCGCUCCAAAAUACCCUUCCUCUUCCCCGACACACGAAGCAUUUCUAACUAAUUACAGGUUUUCCAUGAGGGAGGCAGGCUGGUGACCACUCCGCACUUCUUCUUUAGUCCAUGACAAUAGUUAGAAACCCUUAAAAGCAAAAGCUCCCGCAGAGUUCCAGCAUUUCUAUGUCCCCCUCUCAGUAAUAACACCAUGUCUGCUCCUAACUGUAGACCCUUAUUAUGGGCCAUUAUGGCCACAGUCUCGGCUGAGAGGGCAGAGGAGGUGAAAUCCUGAUAGCUCAUAAAAGCAGCAGGCGUUCUGUGACUGUGGAUGUCGGAGAACUCAGAGGAAAAAUAUAUCACGAAUAAUGUUUUUAUGAUGAUUACAUCUUUAGAAACAAACAUAAAAAAAAUGUAUAAAGUAAGUGUAAAGUUUAAUGUAAUCUAACCUAAGCCUUCAUUUUCCUAAAAACAAAUAAGAUUGAACAGAGAUAUGCCAAGGUAUCGUUCAGCUCUGUCUCUCUCUUUCUCUGGCAUAAUGUGUUUGAAAAAUCAAGUAAAUAUACUAUACUUUGUGCAUGUGUGUGUAAAAUUGGUUUAAUGUGAGGUUGAAAAGCUUUAAGUGCCAGGUAUUAUAAAAGGAACAGUAAGGAUACAUGCAGGUAAAGGAGGGGAUUAGGGAUAUAAAUGAAAUAAAGAAUAUAGUUUGGAGUUUAUGAACCAUUACGGACAGGAUUUAGGAUUUGCAUUAUUCCUGCAUUAAACUUUGCACUCCUAAAAGCCUGGAACUUCUUAGAUAUAAAGUCUGGAUUUCAGCCCUUUUUUCUGAUUUCAUGUACAGUAUCUUUGACUUUUUAUAGACAGUGUAUGUGCAGCGGGUUUGCUAUAAAUGCAGAUCUUCUGUCUUUUUGCAGCUCACUUUUGUGUCUGUAUUUGUUCUGCACUCACACAUGCAUUUUGUAGUUUACUUUAUAUCUACAUUUGUUGCAUGUUUGCACUAACAGAGAUCAUUUAGGCAGUUGCAGCUAUUUCUAACUUGAUUUAAAAAACAAUUUAUUCAUGAAAACAUACUUUUGUAUAAAUAUUCACAUAAAUUUACAAAAGGAAACUUACAAAUGUUCUUGUUUGAGUGUGCUUGUAGUUUAAACUGUGUCAAAAUUAAAGCUUAAAUGAUGAAAAACGAUAAAUAGCUUGGAGGUGUAUUUCUGAAGUCUGUGCAUAUAUAUUCUUGUAAGAGGAAUAUUCUUCAUGGCGGCCCCCCCAUGCUCUACAAAAAAGGAAACAGUUUUUUUUAUUUUAGUGCAUGAAAAAACACCAGUAAAUAAAAGGUUUGACACUCAACCCUCACUCCCAACAUACAUAUAAUUUAUGUUUCCCUACCUGACACCUUCUUGGAGGGAUUUUCUCCAGCAUUUCCUCUAAAAUACCACAAAAGUCAAUCAGUGUUUAACCCAGAGGAUUUCUAUCAACUUUAUUUUGACAACUAGACUCCGAUGGGCUCUAAUUUUUUUUUUUUUAACUCCAUCUCUUGAGUUCUCCAGGGUGAACGCAGCCUGUGUCCAUGGAGACAGAGAUGACAGAAUGGCUGCAGGCUCUGGCAAUAUAUCCAAUGAGUUGUCCAGGGGAGAAGUUGUCACAACUUGCUGGAAAGAUGUAACUCUGUCAUGUAGCUCCAGAGACACAGAAACCCUGCGCUCAUUGGCUCAGAGGGUGGAGGUUGAUAGCAUGCUGGCCAGUCAAAUGAUGGACUUUUUUUUUUAUUCGGUUACUGUGCAAAAAGAGAAGAAUCAAAGAGAGAGACAAAGCUAGCUUGCUAAUUAUCAGGAUGCUCUGUGAAAAGGGUCCAGCAGAGAGUGGAUGGAUUUAGACUCAUGAUGUCUUUGGGCUUUUAUGUUGAAGUUUGUCAUUAUUGUGAAUACGACUCUCUGUCAGUUGCACAUGUAGGGGAACAGGGAGCACGCUCUUCUAUUCUUUUCUCAGACGUACUUAGCAUCCACACGAUUGAAAGCUAAUACACAGUGUUCCUUAAAGGGCUGCAGAAUUUCGUGGAUAUUUCUAUGUAAGCAUUUGUAACAAGCACUUCACAAAAACCUGCAUUUAUUCAAAUAGAUUAGUAAAGAAAUGUUUUAUCUAUUUUGAUACUUUCAUUACUUGAAUAUUUAAAGUAAGGCUUUCUGUCUCAAGGUGUGCAUAUCAUACCUGUUGGAUAGAGGUCUUGCCUUUACAAGAUUUUAAAGCUGCCAGAUAAAGCCUAAGCUAUCUAUCAGCGAUGCUAACAUUGACUGAUACCAGCUGAAACAAUUUCUUUAGAUGUAUCUUGGAUAGGUUUGGUGUAAAACAUGAAAAAUGCAUUCUUGAACAUUUAUUCGUUUUUCACUCUUCAUGUCAUGACAGCGAUGCCGACCGGUUUCAUUUCGCACACACUGCGGGCCUUUUUUUUCUCCUAACCCCCAUGUUUGUGUCCUCUCCCCACAGCACAUUUAGACCCAAACGGCCUGUCGCCACGGCACAUCAAGAGCGACAGCGACGAUGACGACCUGCCAAACGUCACCUUGGACAGUGUUAACGAGACUGGCUCCACUGCGCUGUCUAUAGCCCGCGCUGUACAAGAGUGAGUAUUAUGAUCUAUGCUCAUGAGUGACUUUUCUCCUCUAUGGGCCCUCACAGUUCUUAAAGAAAAGUCCUGUACCCCUAUCUAGAGCGUUUAUUUCCACUCUGCUAUGUCAAAGGAGGAUGUUUAGGAGAUUUAGUCUAAAUACACAACAUACUCCCAGCUGCUUUCAUUUUAAUAACUUGACUUUCAUUGUUUUGUAAGGUCUGUAAUUUGAAAGUAUCUGUCCUUUUGCAGGACUACAAAAGCUAAUUGUUAAUAUGUGAUGUUGCUGGAUAAGAGUUAAUGAUACAUAAUCUUUAACCAUGUAUAAAAAAUAAAGUUUUAUAUGAUUAAAUUUACACUCUAUACAUUAAAUAAGUUAAUAAAUAUUCGAAUAGAUAUAACAUCUGAGAUUACGCAUAUGUGCAGACUUUUUGCAGGGGCUUUUAUUUUGAAGUUGCAGUCCUCUGCCGUGGUGGAAAAGUCACUUUUUCCACCUUUUUUGCCAUCACCCAUUGUUUAUCAACUGCGGAGGGUUGUGGUAUACGAUAUAAUGAGAAUUUCCGAAUUUAUAGGGUAAGAUUACAAGGAUUUCAAGGAUUCAAGCAGCGAUUAAAGGAUUAUGAAAACAAACAACAUGAAAUUUUUAGAAAGUUUGUGUAAACUGUAAAAAAUAAGGGAAAGAUAAAUUCACAUUAAGUUAAAAGUCAGUGCUCUCAAAUUACAGAGCUAUGAGCACAGAGGUUUCUUAUGUUUUCCCUGACAUUUGCUCAUUGUUAGUCACCCUGGAUGGGACCAUUAUUUACAUAAAAACUCUGUGCAGAACCUCAAAAAGGGCAUUUCUGUGUGCUUCUGUGCCUGCUCCUCCAUAUUGGAUGCCUCUGUGUGGGCGUGUAUCUAUAUGCCCGUCUGCAUAUGGCUCAGACAUACUUUGUGCCCCUUACGGCCUACAUACAUCGCAACUCCUGUGGUGCCAGUCCAUCUGUGUUGAAUGAAAAGACUUCCCUCUCCAGCAGACGACAGCUUACACCAUCCUGAUCAGAAACAGGAAAUCAGACGCAGUGAAACACUUGGCUCGGCCCUGCCCUUCUCCCCUCGCCACUCAUAAACUCGGAACAGUCAGAACCAGCAGCACUGCCAGACUCAAGUUAAUACCCUGCGGACUUUUAUUUAGACUCACUGUAAGGGAAGUAUUCCAGGACUUUGUUAAAAUCCUGCUAAUGAUGUAGCAGCAAUAACAAGGCUGAUGGUAGCUCAGACUCACCGCUUGUUUUUUGUUGAUGCGGAUUCGGCUUCAAGGUUGACUUUUAAUACAAAUAAUGUAUUGUUUGAACGUGGUGCUGUAUUGUUUAAGGAACUGAGUAGCUGAAUAGAAAAAGUGAAGCCAAUACCAGCCAGAACCAAAAGGGUUGGUCCAACAGGUUAUUAACUUAUUCAACAUUGAUCAACUGUGCUGUCUUUUAACUAUAAAUUGAGGAUAUCUCUUGGACCUGAGUCUUUCACAGUGAAGGUCUGAAGGAGUGCCAAUCAACCUGUAGUUAACGGACAAAAACAGUGGUGACUUCUCAUUUUUAUGGAACUUGUAUGAGCAAAUAUUUGAGAUUUUUCCUUUGGGAAAACCUCCAAAACAGCUCACUGAUUUCUGAAAUAUUUUAAAGUUUACUUUUUGUGAUUCAGUUUAACAAUAAAAUUCUUGUAAGUAUGUAUGUGUACUUCCUUUAGGUAGGAAAAAGGUAUGCACAUUUUUAACCAGAACCAGAACCCUAUCUUAACUAACAUGCACUUUAGGUCAGGAUGGGUAUUAAAGCUCCUGUGAGGACAUUUUUUACAGUUAUGAGAAAGACUGAAAUUCAUGUUGAUGCCUUUUUAGAAUAUAAAAGAGCAAACAAGACAAUCAGCGACAAGAUUGGCUCCCCAACUCUGCAGCAGCAAGGUGGCUGUCUAACAUGAGUCUGGACCUUUCCAGGGUUUCUGCCUGUUUAAAGGAAGUUUUUCCUCGCCACUGUCACUCAUGUUAGAUGAGAUGGGUCAAAUCUGUCCUAUCUUAAGGUUGGGUCUUGGUAAUUCAUCUAGCAAUGUGCGUGGUCUAGACCCCCUCUUUUUUUUUUAAAAGCAUCUUGGGAUAAAGACUGCUGUGAUUUGGUGCUAUAUAAAUAAAAUUUGAUUGAUCGAUUGAUUAAUUAAUUGAUUAAUUGGCACAUUCGACACUGUCAUUUUUGUUAAUGUGGGGUGGCAGGCAUCAGUAAAGCAGCUAAAGAAACAGCAAUUUUUUAAACAUUAGUCACCAUAAAUGUUAAAUUUGAUAGUCAGAGGACAUUACUUAAACAUGAAGAGGACAAGAUAAGCAAAACCUGCUUCAUCCACAGAGGGGCAGCAAAAUAGACUCUGACCAAAAGUUCCUCACAGGAGCUUUCUCCACUAUGCCACUGCCGCCAAACUGACACUGACUUGAACGUCUUUCCUCAGAAAUUGCUGUCAUUUUUUUCUCAGUUAACGGGACUCAACACUGCCCCCAUGAUUUUUGCGGUACUGCAACAUUUGGUCCAUCUCCAAAUGUUUUCUAGAAAUACAGACAAAAUGAAUUCAGAGGACAGACUGAGGGCUUUGACUGUAAAUUAAUGCAUAUCAGACAAAGUGUAUAAAUUAGCAAAGAUCCAAAUUGACUGAAUUGACUUUUGCUCUGAUAAAGACUCAAGAUAACAACCACUACACUGCUGAAAUCCAGGCUGCAAUAAACAGUCCACAGAGUUCUGCUGCUUCAGUUUUACAGUCGAUGUUUGCUACACACUGAGCUAGAAAGUAUUUCUCUGGCAGAGCUUGUUCUGCUCUACAAGUCGAGGUUGUUAUGUUCUAGGGAAGACACACUCUCUUCUUCUCUCUCACACUCGCACACAUGCGCACAGACGCUCACUGGAGGACUCAGGUUUCCGUGCAGGUUAUUGAAAGGGACAGGCGUGCCCCUGAGUGCCACACGUGGGCACCGGGUGGUCAGAGGAGAACAGAGGUUGGCAGGACCCAACCUUUCACUGCCCGAGCUUUCACCACAGAGAGAAAUCACCAGCCAGGCUUUAGCAAUGCCCUGCCAGGGCCUGCCCACACACUCACUGCUCUGUGUGCAAAGUGCAGACUGUGCUGUGUGGAGGACUGUGCUCAUGUGUGUGCGUGAAAAGUGUGUGUGUGCACGUCUGUAACUAUUAAUCCCCCUGUGUGUGUCUGUUUGUGUGUUUGCUCCGAAUGCACGCACGUGUUUCUGCAUAGUGGACAGAACAGCUGGUUCCAGAAGGAGGUCAGCCAUUGUCAACAGGAACACACACUUGCAUGUUUGUCUGUGAAAAACAAAGCAGUCUGUAGUCUUCGUCAGUUACUCCCCGACUUUUGGCCGCAUAGAGGAGAAAUGUACGUUCUGUGUUGACACGACACAUGCGACAGAGGCUGGCAGAGCUUAUUUGAAACAUAUCUGUCCUUUGUGUUGCUUUGUUCCCCGUUUUUUUUUUUUUUUUUUGGAAAACGUGUGCACAGUGAGUGUAGAAAGAGCAGCUUUAUGUAAUUCAGUAUCCACAUUUACACAAGCAGCCAUCCAGAGCAUCAGAGGAGAGGAGUGUUAGGGCGGAGGAUGGGAGUGCCUGCAGCUUCCAAUCCAGGUAUCCAUAUAUAAAUAAAUGAGUGAAAGGAGAGAGUGUAAGUGUGUGUGUGUGUGUGUGUGUGUGUGUGUGUGUGUGUGUGUGUGUGUGUGUGUGUGUGUGUGUGUGUGUGUGUGUGUGUGUGUGUGUAUGUCAUGUGCUCCUUGGGCAGCCUCCUCCAUAUUCAUGCGUUUCCCUGGGGACGGGUGGAUAGGCUAUUGUGGGAGAGCACGAGUAAAAGAGGGGAAGACAGUUACACAGAGAGGGAGAGAAGGUGUGUAUGCACGGGAGUGUGUGUGCGUGCGUGUGUGUGUAUGCACAGGUCUAGGGGCUUGUGUUGGAAGGGUUGUCUCUGCUGAAGUCUGGCUGGUCCCCAAAGACCUGGAGGCCACGGAGCAGAGCAGGUGGAGGGAGGGCAGGGGGGUUAGUAUCCUCAGACAGGUACAGGAAUGCCCAGUGGGCAGUCUUCCAAUGCACACAUACACUGACAUACACACACACACACUCACACACACUUUAUUUCCUGUUUUCCUGAUAAAUCCACUCUUGCUGUAGGUCUGUUUAGGAACCUUGCAAUCCUGUUUCUGUGCUGAAACUCUUCUUUGUUAUGUCCGUGUUUCCUAUGAGAAGUUGGAAAAAUAUGUUUUGUGUUCACACGGCGGGAAACCCCUGAUACAGGUCACACACACACACACAUACACAUACACAAACAUACACUAGAUACUCACACUCCCUCGCUGCCUCUCAGACCCCGUCACGGAUGAAAAGGAGCUAAAAAAAAAAGAGGAAACAAAGGAACCAAACAGAGGUCAGCUGUGUUUGAAAUAAUUCUCUGCAGUACUUCCUAUUUCUCUCUGCUGCUGCUUCAUGAGACACAAACACACAUUCACACGGCCAUGUUGCAGAAGUGACACACAGAGUUCAAGACAGUGUGAGCUCUAGCCUCUGGGCUCACAUGAGCAACUACAACAACCGAUUCUCAUCUAUGAAACAUUCAGCCAAAGAUGCAGUUACAAGACAUGAAGACCCAUUGGGCAGUGGCUGAAAAAAACACUCUUACAGCUGAAUUUGCUCGAGUCUCAAACUGAGAAAGCGGAUCAGCUGAGCCACUUAUACAAAUACAUACUUAUCCUUGGUAUUAUUAUUGUUCUUUUUUAAAUAUCAUGGUUGUAUCACCAUUUUCUACUUUUUUGUCAGCACUGGGAGAGCUAAGUGUGUUAAACUGAAUCAUAUUGUGUCAUCCUAUCAUACUGUAUUGAUCAUUAUAUCCUAAUGUAUCGCAUCAUAUCCUUUUGUUUUCAUAUUGUUUUGUGUUUAAGUAAUAAGUACAUCUGCUUAUCAGUCUGCUGGAGGCCACACAUUUUUUCAAGGUCAGCUGUUUUUGUUAUGACAAUGGCAACUCUCAAGAUUGGCUAUGGCUGCGUGAGUAGAUCAGGAGGUAAGAGCGGUCGUCCAAUAACUGGAAGGUUGGCGGUUCAAUGCCCCCCUACCCCGAGUCUGUCCAUUGUGUCCUUGGGCAAGACACUUAACCCACCUUGUUCCCAGUGUGUGUCCUCUACUAGUGUAUGAUUGUGAAUGUGUUGUGUGGUGGUGGUCUGAGAGACCGUAGACGCAAACUGGCAGCCAUGUUUCCAUCAGUCUACCUCAGGGCAGCAGUGACUACAAAGGUAGUUUACCACCAUCAAGGUGCGACUGUGUGAGUGAGUGAAUGAAUGAUGUAUCCAAUGUAAAGCGCUUUGAGGGUCUCUGAUAAAGCGCUAUAUGAAAUCAGAUGCAUUACAAGGAAUUAUGAGACUGAAAUUGGACUCUUAAAAAUAGGCAGUAUAUGUAAUCCUAAUGAUUUCAUAUUGCAGUAGUACUGUAUUGUUACUAAAGUAAUCGAGUGUACAGUGUUGGUUUAGGCAGGACAUGAAAGUCAGCUGAUCAUCAAGCCAGCCAAUAUCAGCUGACAGCUCAGCCGGUAACCUCCCUCACAUCCAGCAGGCAAACGUCAAAAUGGGCGUUCUGUUUAAACUGCUUCUGCUUCCUUCACAAUCGCCUGCCACCCACUUCCACCUCAGCUCCUUCGUUUGUGCUGUCUGAUCCUCCCAGUGUUGUAUGUACUGUCACUGACGUUGACUCUGUUCUGCGCUCUCCUCACUGUGGGUUUGGCGUUCCUCAGGUGGAAGGGCAGGAAGCUCUCAUAAUGGGGCGGUACCACCAAAUACAAUUGUUGCAUAUAAUAGUAAGUGUAGUCCUGAGUGAAGUGGGUGAUAUGGUGAUAUUGCCUUGUCUCUAGUGAUUUCCAUACUUGGUGGUGACACAAGUCCAUGUGUAUUGGCUGAUUUUUCUGGUUGAAAUGUACCAACUACCAGCAACACAGGGCUGUUUUGUGUAUUUACUCAUACAGCAGCCUGCUGAUAUAAAUAGCAACUCUACUCUAGUAGCAUCUUCCAGCAGACCAGUAGUGGUGAAAAUUUUUUCAACCCACAGAGAAGCAAAAACCUUCAGCCACAGUUAAAACAUGGUGUGUUGAAGGGAUUUUAAACCUUUUUGUCCCAAAAUAUCUUGAUCCUCGAGUCUAAUAAAUAAUGUGACCACUAGUAUUUUGAGGAUAUCAAGCAGCUAUGAAAAUGGGAAAGUGUGAAGAAAACGAUGGGAGUAGUUUGUCUAUGUCCUGGAUAUGAAAUCUCCUUAAAAAUGUAACAGUUUUACACUUAAAUAAAGCUUAAUUUUAUUUUUACUCGAUAAAUUUGAUCUUGAUUCCCUCAGAAGCACCACUACAUUUUUUUAUUUCAACAUCUACGUUUCUUUCAGGACAAAGACAUGAACAUUUUGUAUGUUUUUAAUAGUUACCCAAAGUGUAAUAAAGCAGAGAUCUGUGCGUGAGCCUCAGAACCAGAGCAGGGUUUUGUCAGCGUCAUGGCCGGCAGUAGAGAAGCAGUUGUUGUAAAUGAGAUGAAUUAAUAUCUGAUGAGUAAUGAGUCGUCACUCGGUCUUUGUUUUCAGAGCUGUUGUACUCAGACCUUCCUAAAUUAUAUCAUACUCACAGAGUCACUUCAGGGAUGAAGUCAGAGUGUAAAUAUCCGCCUCAUCUGCUGAGCGUCUGAGCUCAGAGUGUUUCCACUGUAAAUCCUGCCUUUCCUCUUCGCUUCUGACACACAGACACACACACAUACAGAGAGAGAGAGAGAGACUUUAGGCUCUUGUCUACAUUGUUUCCUUCAGUUUUAUGAUUACACUUCUUUCUAUAAAUCUUCGGUUUUGGCAUCAUGUGUCAGUGAUGAAUACAGACUUUAGAGGGAGGAAGCGAGUGAGAAAAGAGAGGGGAGUUAAAGUUCACUUCAUAUCUGACCCAUGUACUCAUUUCCUGUUCAGCUUCACAUUGGCAGAAGUUCAAAAUCAACAGGUGAUGCUUAUGUUUGUGUUUUCUUCCUCUGUUUUUCUGUGCAUUCGUAUGUAAGUAUCAUGAUUGCGUGCGUGGAUCUGCGUCUGCGUUUGACAGAUCGUGCUUCACACACACAGACAGGAAGCGGGUUUGUGAGUGGAGGAGAAGGUUCACUUGAGAGCUCGUCUGGCAGCCCCUGCUCCUCUUUCAAAUCCCUUUAACAUGACUGAAGCUGUUCCUUUCUCCCCCUUUCUCCCCUCUCUGUUCUUACCUGUUUCUCUGUAUCUACAGAAGAGACUCUGAGACCUGGAAAAAAAAAAAAAGCAACUCUGCUCCAGUGCAGUUAAAUUUAUCCCACAGAUAGCACUCCUCCCCUCUAGUAAACAGAGAUGUCUUUUUUCUUUCUCUACUGUAUCUCUCUUUUUAUUUUCCUUUUGUUGUGUGGAAAUAUGUGCGUCUGCUGUUGGGUUGAUCACUGUGUGAAAGGUGCUCGCCUUUUUUUUACAGUUGACAAUUGCUACUGAGACAUGAACCAUGAACCAGACAUGACCAUCUACCACAACAACCCUACCCUCCUUUUAGUUCCUUCCUGGGUUUAUAUGUGUGUGAGAAUGGUUUGUGUGUCUGUGUCUGUGUGUGUGUGUGGGUGUGUGGGUGGGUCGGUGGGUGUGCAGCAUUAUUUUCAGAGAAGUGACGCCUGAGUACAUUUACAUUAACCGCAAAUGUGAUCCUAAAAUGAGACACAGAGAGACACUUCCUUGUAGUCUUGUAUGCAAAAACACACAUUUUGCUGCUGGAUGUCACAGUUUAAAAUGAUUGAUCUUAUUAUCAAGAGAAACGUUGAGUAGUCGAUGGAGGGGAAAACGUCAUGCAAAAGUCAUGAUCAUUCUCACUCAAGUAUUGAGAAUAAACUCCUCUGAUGGAUGAAAGAAUACCAGCCUUCUUACCUCAUUUACCUCUUUAGUUGAUGCACAGCAGUGCUGCACUGCCACCUGCUGGCAGAGCUACUGCACUACAUUACAAUAUAUUUCCGCUUCUAAGUUUUCUGACAAAGGAGAUUAACUGUUUUAUAUCAGCAGAAAAAAAUACUUUCCGAUCUUUAGCAACUACUAUUACUAUUACUCCUAUUUUUGUGUGCAGGAGUUUGCUUUAUUCAACAUCUCUCUGCCAACAUUCAGCUUCCCACAAUAGUCAGUUUCACAUCCCAAAUACUCUUGUGCAACAAAAACACUUCCCAGGAUCAGCACUUGUACAGCAACAGUGAAAAAAUGUCACUCAGCACAAAGAACUAAAAGCACUUACAUGUAGUAGUAUUUUACUGUGCAUCACUCUUGUCUAUGAAGUACUUUUUUGUCUGAUAUCACUUAAAUGCACAAAACACACAGAUACACUUGUGUGCACAAAAACAUAGACUUUUUAAUAAAAAUGUUCCAGAGCUACGAAAGGAAAAUCAAAUCUCAUGGGCUGUUUUUGGUCUUUGUGUAAAAUGUCGUUUGGGUUUACUGUAUUGUUCAUAAUAUAGCGCCCCUACCAUUUCUGUCGAAUCCAAACAUACAAUACAUACACUGAGAAAAUGUCACUCUCUUACUGAGAGUGAAAAAGCUUCGCAGCUUAGCAGGAAUGCGCCAAAUGCUCACUGGGGGGUGCAAAGAUAAACAGGGAAUCACUAAAAUCAAUGUUUUUAAUUAUACAACAAGACCGUUUUAAGUAUGGUCAUCAUCAUCAUCACCAUCAUCAUCAUCAUCAUCACCAUCAUCAUCAUCAUCAAAGUCUAAUGAUUCUCUCUUUCUAUCUGCUUCUGUUUCAGUUCGAUGUCCCCGUUCAGUAUUGACAGCAUACGGCGCCCCCGCAGGUCAGAGUCUCCAGACUCCAAAAAGAGAAGAAUCCACAGAUGUGACUUUGAGGGCUGCAAUAAGGUCUACACCAAAAGCUCCCAUUUAAAAGCACACCGGAGGACGCACACAGGUGAGUGACUUCUCAGAACCAGUGUACGACCGCUGGAUUUUUGUUAAAUUGUGUUUUUGAAGAAGUCAAAAAAGAAUAAUAGUGAAAUGUUCUUCUAAAUCAUGACUGAGACCAGAGCUUUGUCAGGCUUUAACCUCAAAACAUGAAUAAGACAAUAAUAGGCAUGUAACUUGUUCUAUUUUGGGGGAAAAAAAUGAUGAAAUUUGAAGGUAAAACUUGCAUUGUAGAUGUAAAACCGAUACUGUUGUUUUGUGUUGGUGCCGUUCAGCAUCCUCCUCAUCACUACAAGCAAAAUGACUAAUAUGUGCAUACACAGACAUUUUCACACAACCAAACAUCAAUAUAUUGACAUAUUCUCCAUGUAGCUCGGCUCAAAGUCAAAGGUCAAACAUGAACAUCUUUCAUGUUGUGAAUCUAAUCAGACACAAAAUCGUAAUAAGGAUAGAUUUCCAUGAAGGUUCUGUACGGAUGAACUCAAAAAGGAGUCGAUAGUCCAACCCAAACACGUUACCUCUCCCAGAUAAUCUUAACAUGUAUUCACUUUUUUAACUGAUUUGCUUUUGUGGUCAAACCAAACAAUUUGAAGUCUUAAAAAAGCAGAAUUAUCAAUGAAAUCAAUUUAUUUGGAAGUACUACUAAAAUUGUAGAACUAUUACUUACUGGAUAGCAGCUAUUAGCAUUAUUGAAGUCAACAUAUUAAGAGAUAUGUUUUAGCCUGUUAACAGAAAAAAAAAACAUCUGAUGACACAGCCAAGACUUUUGCAGAGUUUUGUUGCGUUAGUACAAAAUCCAGAUGUUGUGAAAUCUGCUGGAGUAUGCCCUUUUUUGAGUGCAAUUUUCUGCCUCACCAGCAGAGGCAUCGCUGUGUAGAGUUCAUGUACAUGUAAGGUAGAAAUAAAAGGUAAUAACCAUGCCUACUUUAAGGGGAGUACUUUAAGCUCCCACAUUGGACAACUUGGUUCAUAGUAAGGAGUGGAAACAUGCACAAACACUGGUGUGGCCUAACUACACAAUGACAUGUAAUAAACAGAAACAACCACCACACCCUCUAUCUUUAACAAGGACAGCAUAUAAAGACCUGUUUGAAUGACUUUAUGGAAGCUUGUAAACUUAUUGGUUCCUGCAAGGGCAGUUAUGAUGUGUGACUUGACUAAAUGAACAAAAUGUCCAGAGGGAGAUUCUCAUACAUUCAUGUCUUGUAUAUGUUGUAAAAAACACAACAGAUUUCUGCAUUUUGAGGAAAUAUGAAGUAUGAUUUCACUUCUCUGUUACGUCAAGUCGGUGCUUAGCCAUGUUUGCUCUGCUUGUCACGCUAAAAUUUUCUCUAUGACAGUGACAUACAAUAAUCAUGCAAGCACAGCAUAAAUGGAAAGAAUAAUAAUGAAGAACGUUAGAGUGGAGCUCUAAAUAAUGGUAUCUGUACCGCCAAUCAAGACCCACUUUGGGCUCAGUCAGUUACAGAUAUUAACUAUGUCUCCACAUGCUGUGAAUAACACAAGCAGGAGAUGAGCCUUGUUAGCUCUGUGAAAUUGAAUUUACUCAUUGAAAUGAUCAGUUCAGGUGUGAACAGCUGUCCACUUGUGAUAGGAUUAACCAGGACACAUCACUAAUACAGGCAUUCAACCCUCAGACCCUCCUCUUUCUGGAUUGGCACCAAAGGACAGUGUAGAAACUAUCACUUUAUCACUUCAGCUCUAUUCUUGCUUGUUCACCUCUCUGGUUUUAUUGACAGAAAUUGUUUCAUUAUUUCAUUUUCACUAACACUGUGCCUGGGUUAUAAUCAAAAACUUUGGGAAAGUUUGGCUGGAAAGGACGUUGAAGAGUAACAAGUCGAUGUUACAGGGUAGAAAAUGGAAGCCCAAAGAAGAAGUGUUUUCAAGUUUCCACAAAAUAUAGACACCUAUUGUGUUGUGGGGUAUGAUAUAGUACCAUACGAAUAGUGAUCCAAUAAGGUUGUGUCUUAUGUAGGCCUCCUUUUAAAGCAACAAUAGCUUAUUAUGUUUAUACUUAAAAGGUAUUAAGCUAUUCUUAUAAUACACUUGGGGAACCCCUGGAAAGUAGCUUUCGUUCGAUAGACAUGCGUCUGAAUUGUUUUUCUAUGUUUCUCUGCAGGGGAAAAGCCAUACAAAUGCACCUGGGACGGCUGCACGUGGAAGUUCGCCCGCUCCGACGAGCUGACGAGGCAUUACAGAAAACACACAGGGGUGAAGCCCUUCAAGUGUGCAGACUGUGACCGCAGCUUUUCCAGAUCUGACCACUUGGCCCUGCACCGACGGAGACACAUGCUGGUGUGAAUCAGAUGAAGAGAGAUCUGAAGGAGAGAGAGAUCAAUGAUUCAGACCUACACACACAUAUUCAGGCAGCCGGGGGAGCGGGUUCUCCCUGUGAAUGUUUUUCAGCUGGCCUGGAUGCGCACACACUUACACAUACACACACUCUCAUCCGUCGGGAGGAGAGAAGAUGGAGACGUGCACAGGGCUUGUUGAGCACAAAACAGGGUCACUUCUGGAUCCUCUUUGGGCUGGAAGGAAAAGACGGCAGGAUCUGUUAUUGUCAUUGUUUGGAGUUUAUUAGGGAACUGUCUUUUACAGCACUGUUUGUAAAUGUUUCACUUUGAUUUUUAAAGAACUUGCUCUCUUAUUUGGACAAAAAAAAGAAAAGAAAUAUAAUGCAAUCGCAGCUGUCUUUUUUUGGUAUCUUUCUUUUCAUUCAAACGGCUGCUUUUCGAAGCAUUCAUAAUGUGAAGGACCCCAUCAUAAGGAAUGGAUUUCCUACGGGAGCAGAGGUUAGGCCUGGACUGGAUCACAGAAGAGUUGUCAGGCCUUGUUGGAGUUUAAGGCAGUAUUGUUGCGCCGUGCCUCCCUGUGAGUCUGAAUUUUGACCAGCAGAUGGCGCCAUUUUACCACAGAUGGUCUCCUUUGCCUGCUGGAGCCUGCUGUCGAAACGGAGGCAUGCCAUACAGAAGCAAAAAGAGGGCUGGACUUUCACCUUUACCAUCUCUGGCAAACAAUAAUGACAUUUAUUCAAAUAUGGAUCGACCUCAUCAAUACAUCUACAGUUUUAGAAAACUCAUCAUUUCAUUCCAAUCAAUGAAAACCGGACUGUCAUAUCAUCACACCAGCAAGGAAACACACCAUUCAAAGACGACCUCACGUCUCAUCAGUGCAUUUCUUUAUGUUGAGCCUUUUCAAAGCAUUUUCUUAUUAAAACAAAUCUUUGGUGGAUUUUGUGCUGUGAUUAGCAAUCAGUAAAGUGCAAUCUUAAAAGAUAAAUAUACUUUCAGUAUGACUAUGUUUUGUUUAUUGAUUUUUUUUAUUUGAAAUGCCUGCUCUUUGCUUAUGUUUGACUCAGAAAAAUACAACCCCUCAUGUACAGUGAACUUUAAAACAAUCAGAGGAGAUUUUCAGUAUGUGAAAAAAAUAGAGGCACCUUACAGACUCAUGAUUUCAUCCUGUCCAGAACUCUCUGUCAUUAUUUAGCUGUUCUCUCAGUACUGAAGGUUUUUUUUCUUUGCACAGACCAUAAGCUGAAACUUUGGUCGGCUGCAGUGUUACAGGGAUAGAGUGCUACCAGAGGUCAAACACAGAAGAGCAAUACAUACAGAACAAAGCGAAAGAAGCAGAGUCGGCCUCCUCUUUGGUCUGUUUGCUGAUGUCAACAUAUCGGAGACGUUUCAACCGUGAUUCCCUGUUUUGAUUGAUUUGUAGCUUCAGCACAAGGCUCUGAUCUGAUGCAUGUUUCAGUGAGCAAGUUAUCUUUUUGUUUGCAUUUUUUUUCUCUCUCUCUUUCAAAUACAGUCACUUGAAAAGUUAUCACCUCGGAUAAAAUAUGUGUUUAGAUUAUUUUCUGAUCUACCUGACAUUUGGCUGGAAAAAUGUAGAAAUUAGGAGGAAUUAAAUGCAUAUAUUUAGAGACCGUAUACAUAACAAAAUACACUUAGACUACAUUUGUAGAUACUCUUACUGGCAUAAACAUUGGCUCUCUUAUAGAAUCUUAUUUCGACUCAAUCAGGAAAUUAAACUGAGUUAAAAAGGUAUAUUUUUACAGUCAUAAUAACAAGCUUUUAUCUCAAAUAUCCAAUCCCUGUGUAAGACAUAAACCCAAGAGAAUCCAGGGCCACUUCAUAUUAUUUCAAAGUGCUGCUAAAUGCAUUUAUUGGACAGAAGCCAGUAAAAAAAAUAGCAGCCUUUUUGUUAAUAGCACCUUGAAAACCGUACACUUACACACACACACACACACACACCUGCACAUUUGUAUUUUACACCCUCCCUUUUUCGUAAAGCAGUCAAAUCCAGGAAGUCAUUUCCACACAUGCACACACAGUAUGUGACAGCCCUUUGGUUUAAUGAAGAUUAGUAAUGUAUGUUAUCAUUAUUUAAUGUAUAUUGUUUGUGCACAUGUCAUCAUGCCCAGUUGUAUUAUCAUUUUGGCAAAAAAGCAUAUCAGCACCUUGUUUGUCUUAUUAGUAUGAUUUUCAAAUUAUUUUAUUUCAGAUGUCGAUUUAUAAACAAAUAAUCCUCCUAUUUUAUCAUCCAUAUAAUGUAUGAGAACAUUUUAUUAUUGAGGGGCACUUCAUCAUUGCAUAUAACUCUUUUUCUUCUGUACAAAGGAUCUUUUGAAAUGUUGUAAUAUAUGUGAUAGUGAAGAUAAAAACUUAUUACAAAGUUCUACAGCCUGUAUAUACAUUGGAAAAAUAGGGCUUUUGAUUAGUAGAUGCAGGAAAUACAUUUAUACAUGUAAAGUCUUUUUUCAGAGACUGUAAUUUAUCUAAUUUGAUAUACAGUGAAAUGGGGCUAAUGGUGUUUCAUCAUGUAAAUUAUCAUAUGUGAUGUUAUAUAACAGUUUGCUUUCUUUCGGUUUGUGGUUAACUAAGUUCAUGAUCGAAACCAUUUUUAUUCCUAAGGCUGAACCAGUGUUUGCUAUAAUCAACAAAUUAUUUAUAUACAAUAACCGUAAUAAGGUACUCGAUUUCCCUGUGUUGCUAUUUUGAUAUACCCAGACAAGAAAUUCUAUUGAUCAAGCACAUAUCAACAACACGUGUACUUUUCGUGUUCAGUAAAUGACAUUGCAUGCCUUAAUACGCCACUUUUCUCUAAAUUCAGCGAGACUUGAAUACGGUGUCUCCACAGGACAGGGUGUGGUCUAUCUCCCUCCAGCAUCUCUUUCCUCAUUUUAAAGCAUAAUUUUGUAACGGUAACCAGGGUCAAAGUUAUGCAAUAAUAAUAAUAAAUAGUGCCUCAUAUUGCAAACUUGUAAUAUCAGCUGCUCCGUGCAGAGUUAAGAUUUCAACAUGUGUGCUCAAAUUAAUAAAAUUUCAAAUGGGAAACCAUCCUUUUUUUUUUUUUGUUUUUAGAAAAAGCACAGACAACAUUAUGCAAGUCGGACCUCUAAUGUUUAACUUUCUUUUUCGCACUGAGCCUUAUGCCAUUGUGUCAAACACAGCAUCCUCCCAUAACACUUCACCGGCUGUUUUAUAGCUCGCGUUAUUACUUUGCUUGCAAUAAGUCACUUCCUCUAAGGGGGACAAACUGAGUUACAAAGGCCUCUUGAUAUUUCUGCUCCAUCAUAUGAAUUCAACGCCGUGGUCUGAUGGAGGAUGAUGAGGAAUCUUACUCGCAGGAAUAAAAAAACAUAUUCCUGUGGCUGUGGAGUGGCGCCUUUGUUAAUGAAUACUGAUCUUACACUUCUUUAUCGGUUCAAUAUCUAAUUUUACUUUCUGUGUUAACAUCUGCUUUUGUUUCCUGGUUUUUGAAAAUUUAAGUAGUGAAGCCAAUGCCUAUGUUUCAAGUUUGCUGAUAUUACGUACAGUAAUCGUUGUUCCUGUAUUUAUGUAAAGUGAGUGUAGUGUAAAUAUAUUCAGAUCUUUUCAUUCUUACUGGUAAAAAAAUGAAAACGAAAAAAAUUGUGAUAUUGCUCAGCAUCGCUUCAAAAGGGAGAUUCUGCUCAAGGAAUUCCACAUCUGAAAAAGAAAUUUUUAACCUGAUAUUUUUCAAAAACUUCAAGAACAGGUGUCCUUUUUUUCUGUUACAGUUUUUUUUUCUUCAAGAGUUGUUUAAGUAUCCAGUCAGUGUUUUGCCUUUUUCUCUGUAUUUUUCAUAUGGAUGGAGCUGUGAAAUUUAAAAUAAGUUCAAACAUAUACAUGUAUAUCAAUAUGAAUGGAGGCAUGAAGGUUAAUAAAGUUGCAUUUUGUAUGUAACACACUGGUA